AUGAAGAAGAUCUUCUCCUGCUCCACGUCGCAAGUCCCUGUGGGUAUUUAUAAUGCCACCUCCGCCACUGUGAGUUUGGGGUCUUGCUUUAAGAGCAGCUAGGUUUGGCAGUGAUUUGAAGCAGCUUUGCCCAGUCUGUAGGCGCUGGCACAAGGGGAGCCAAGAGAAACAAAGAUGGCAAGAGCAAGUGGCAAGGCUGCCAAGUUAGAAGUUGGAAAAUACAGAAAACACACUUAUUUUCCUUAUGUAGAGUGUGGAUGUAUAGAACAGCCUUUCAGCAGAGGUGGUAGGUGCUAAUUUAUUAUUGAUUUGGAUAGGAAGGAGGCAAUGGAAAAAUGAGCAUUUAAAAGGGUUGUUUAAAUAAGUGUUUCUUUAUCACUUACUAGCGAAAGGUUGAAAAGGAAGUCCUUGCACUCCAGAAUCAACAAUCACUGACCUGGUUACAUGUACGGGAAGGAGAACAUAUAAAAGUAAUGUUUGAGUCAGUAGAAGUGAGCCUAUUUCUAAACUUUUAUUGAUUUAUUCUAUCCUUCCUAAUUAUUCUUCAUUUCCUUUACUGUGGUCUUAUUUACUACUUCCACUGGAAGGCUAUUCCAAGUAGCUACUACACUUUCUGUAUUUAGUUUGUUUAUCGUUUAUGGUUUUUAUUGCAAAACCAUUUCAGAUAUCUAUCAACCUCUGUUGAUCACAGCUUCUUAUAGCUCUUGAUGCAAGACUGUUUCAGGUAACUACUACCUGUUCUAUAAUCGCUGUUCACCUUUACUGCUUCAACCAGGUGGCUAGUCCGUGUAUCUUCUACCCUUUCUCUAACACUGCUGGCCUUUGUGCACUCCAUUGGUAGGUUAUGAAGCUGCAAAAUAGAUUUAAAGAUAAUUAAACUUCAAAUUGUUUGCUCAUAAAAAUUUUUAAAAGUGGGUCAACGGAGUUGAUCAAAAUAAGUAUUAAUGGUGGUGUGUACUGGGCUAAACAUCUAAUAUUUAACUGGCCACGAACAUUGUGCCUGUGUAUCGGUUCAAGGAAGAAGAAUUAAUCUUGUGUGACAUCACGUCUGUGUGUCUGCAAAUAUGGCUGUGAUUCAGAGCACACAAUCAGUGUAAACUAUUUCAACGUAAUGUUCUAUAACGAGUGCAACUUUUUUUUUAUUCUUUCAGAACUUGAAACACACCAGUCUUUUAGAAAACAAAUACCCAUUAGGAUAGAAUUUAAAAAAACCCUGCCAUGUAUUUGGAAAUUAAGCAUAGGGCAAUUAACAUUUAAACCCCAGUAACUAACAAACGUCUCCUAAGAACUGUUGCUGUAGACAUGGUGAGACGAGAUGCAUCAUGUUUGUUGUAUACGAAUAGAAAGAGUUAUUAGGCCAAGCUGACAGGCAAAUAUUUAUAAUAAUGCAAACGUUAAGAUACAUGUAGUGCUGUUUACAAACAAGUCGCAGGUUACAGUUGAAAAGUAAAGUGGUUUCAAAAAUGACAGAUCUUGUCACGCAUUAUGAUGCAGUCUGUGAUGGAAUUCGAACAUUGCAAACGUUGUUUGACUACUUUUUUAGUUAAAUCUUUAAACACAAACGUUGAAAAAUGUAUGUAAUAACAUUGAGAGUUUCAGGCUGGUUUAGAAUUGAUUUAUUAAAUCUGGUUGGGGGUUCCUAGCACUGUCCCGACCAAGCCUAGGAAUUUCCAGCAUUGUCCUGAGUGGACAUUGGCAUUGCUCAAGUGACGAGACUGAGAGUGUGUGUGUGUGUGACAUCAGCAGUUUACUUGGCAUUUGUUCGGUGUGCUCUAAGGCAAGUCCAUUCUUGGUUUGAGAGGGAAUUUACAUACUGCAAGAGAUGGUAUUACAUCUUUCUCUACCAAAGAGUAUAUGGCUGCCAUAGAAUCACAAGGAAGAAAGUUCAACAACAGUUGGUGCUUCGUGAUGCCACCCAAUUCUAAACUGGUUUUCCACUUCGAAAACUGACUUCUGUGGGACAAUCCAUAUUUAGAUUAUGCUUCAUUUGUAUCCAGAGUAUUUUAAUGGUCUGUGUUAUGGGGGAACGACCAGAAUGCCCCUUUAAAUCCUGGCAUGACAUUGCUCGGGGAGCCAGGAUUUUAAUUCAAUCCAGUGCUAGACGUCUUUCAUCAGUCUUCAUUACUAAAGGGGAAAUGAGGACUACCCAACAUCUGCACUAAAAGGAGAGAGAGUGUUUACAAACUCCUAUUUUCAAAAAUCACAGACGAUCCAUUGAUAGAGAUUAAAUAAAAACAAGUUUAUUCCCUACGUUGAGUGUCCUGUAGAAUUGACAAAGGAAUUGCCAACACUGUGCCAGAGUAGGUACACUAGAGCAAAUUUCAACAUUCUUCCUAAUUCAACUAUUCUGUUGUACAAUUUGCAAACCCAUUUACAUUCCUCCUCCAUUCCUGGUUCAGUAAAUAAAGUGCAUAGUAUUUACACUGUGUAUGUAAUGCUGUAGAAGGUGUGUGCAUUGAAUUACAUGGCUGGGAAGGUUUUUAGCACCUAAUGACCGGUUGUUCCAACAGGCCUGCUCACAUUACUUCUAAACGCUUUCAAAAGGCGUCAAAAUUGCAGAUUUUUCUUUUCUCACUCUUAAUUUCACUUAAUUGCCUCUGACUGCUUUGUUGCUUAGUCUCCCAAAAGGGUAACUGUAUCAACUCCCUUGGUUAUUACGUACUUCGUACGAGCUGCGCACUUGUGGCGCCAUCAAUCUGAGAAGUAGAAAUUAUCAAACUCAUACCUAUAUAAUUUGUAUGAUAGAAUAAGUGCAAAGUAUGAUGGGUAUUUGCUAACAGGGAAUUGGUAUGACAUACCCAACAUGCCAGUCUCAGAUCUGCGCCCCAUUUUGGGUGGUAUGGCAGCCUUGGGCACAAUGAGGCUGGUUCAUCAAGCAUGCCGAUAAAUCAAUAUGUGAUGCCAGUCACUAAGUUUAAUGAUAUUAAUCUGUUCUUAGGCACAGCAGUACCAUAGGUGUAUAAAUGUAGAACAAUAAAAAUAUAAUGAAAAUAAAUAAUAAUCUUUCUGGAAAUAGUGCAAUAACUGUAGACCAUUACUCGAACAGAGUGUACAUGCCGGUGGCUAGGUUUCAAGCCCAAUUGCAGGUGCUUAAGGCAAUGCAGCGUGAGGGCAAAUAUAUGAUUUCUAAUCCAUAUUCUGGACUGAUCAUGCAUAUUUCUGUCAAGAUUUAAGAGAAAAUACACAGAGAACAUAGGAUUGUUUUCUUUCUCACGUAAAAUAAACUUUUAUCCAGCGUUUGAUACAUAUGUCAUGUUGCUGAGAUACUCUCCUUUGUUGAUUGUCAGGUAAAUAAUUGGAGCAUUUGUCCUUUCACGGUGUAGUUUAAUGAUAGUUUAUAGGUUCAACUCAUAAUAUUCAAUCGGUGUCAACAUUCUUCUGGGUGCAUGGUUAAUGCAAUCACCAGAUGGGUGUGAGAGGUUCAUAUCGCUGGCUUUGUAUUUACUGUGAAUAUCAUCUAGAGCAGGGGUGCCCAAAAGGUAGACCCCCCCCAGAUGUUUUAGAACUACAGCUUACAUGAUGCUUUGUCAUUGUAAAGGCAUGCAAAGCAUUAAGGAAGUUGUAAUUCUCCAACAUCUGGGGAUCUACCUUUUGGGCACCCCUGUUGUAAAAACUUGGAGUUAGAGUCAUGUCCCAUUUUUUUCAUUCUGUCUGGCAAUGCUCUGACUGAGUGAUAUUCAUUUAUUUUAUAAGUUGGGGGGACAUACUUUGUGUUGACUGUACUCAUACUUUAUAAAUGCACAUGCUAACCUCCAUUUUACUUUGUUGUUAAAGCUGUUGUUUUUUUUUUAUAUAUAUAAGCAAAGAGAGCUCCCUAAAAUGUUUUAAAGCACAGUAAAUCAUUUUAUAAUUUUAGCAGGUUAUAAACGUAGAACUCUUAUCCCUGAAAGAGAAUGAAAAUGAGUUCCCGAUCAGAAGCAGUUUAUUACGUUUUGUGCAUUUCUAAAGACGCCAGCGUGUCCUGCAUUACUGUACAUGGCCUACAUAAGGGCAUUCAUGUCAAUUAGUGACAUUUUCAAACAUAGAUAAUGGAACAAAAAGCUAACUGGGCUCUGAACACAAGAGCUUACAUUUGAAAACGCUGCAUGGUUUCUCAACAUCUAUUAAAAAAAAAAAACCAAAGGGAGUGGGGCGGCGGGAGGGAAACAAAACAUUGGCAAAAUGCAGUUGCACCAUAUACAGUUCCUACAGGUUUGCACCAGCUAUUCCGAGAAUCUGCUCUUCAAAAGGUACCCUUCUAAACAUCCCUAGCAUUUGCAAACAAUCCCAUGUAGGGACCCCAUGUCCACAGAUGGAUCGAACCUCCUUGUCUGCAAUCAAUCUGUGCACUGCUCUCAAUGACAAAGAGGAAAAAAAACAAAAAAAAAUCCCAUCCUCCAGUUUAUUGCUUUAAAAUUAUUAAAUAAUGGUUGCUGCCAGAAGAAAAAUAUUUUUGGCACCCUGAUUGCGGAUGCAAGUAUAAAUAGAUUUUGGCUGUAAUUGGGAGAUUUUUGUACAUGAAAAGACCUUUGAUCCGCAUUCAGUGUGUGUCUGUAACAAAUGCCAUUGACCUAGGGAAUGUACAAAAUGAUGUUUUCCUGGAAUAAGUUAAACAGAGAAGGUACUAAUUUAGUUGCAUUAGAAAACACCAUAAAUUCUAGACUAGUUUAGUGGAAAGAAUAAACUGUGCUAUCCAAAUUAUUAUUUUUUUAACGGUUAUGUUUGUCUACAGACCAAACUCCUGUCCUGCUCCAGCGCAAAUCAAAUAUUUAUUUGUACCAUGUCCAUUGACCUAAAGGUCUCCGAUGAAUGUCAGUUGGAUUCCAAAACACAAAUGUCACUUUUUUUUGUGCGUUCCGUUAGGCGCCUCAUACAUCUCACAAUUUUAGAAUUAGCGUUGUGUUCAUGGAUAACUGCACAUAUUACACUCACAAAAAGUGUGAAAGCUGUAAAAAGUGUAGAUUAGGUAACCCGCAAACCACCGCAGACUCUUGCGGAUACACUUUGGUUUUCUGCAAGACACAAGAAAGUCCAACCAAACCUUUCGAUUAAAGGCUCUUGUGAUUAGGACCUCCCUGAACUAUCAUUCAACAAAACAGAGCUUGAAAAAGGUUCUAUAUUCCAUAGAAAUAAAUAAAUAACUGAAUGGUAAUAUUUACAGACACCAUGUGUGCUUUAUACUGCAGGAGUGAUACAAAUGAUUUUUUCUUAAGUUUUUUUUUUUUUUUUUUGUGUUGGAUGUUUCAGUAAUGGACGUCAAUGACAAACCCCUCUGUAAAACAAGGGUCUAUGUUCAACCAUGCAAAUUGUGCUGAUUGGUGCAGUGUGACAUUUUGAUGUGCAUGUACAGUAGCCUCCCAAUGCUUCCCUAUGGUAAAGCAUUGGAUAGGAUGAGAUCAUUAAGAUUGCUGAUCUCAGCCAUGGAGGUAGCACAGCUAUUGAGAAAUGGUAAGUUUAAAAUCUUUUAUCUCCACAGAAAGGGGGUACGGGGACCUAAAUAUAUAUUCCAGCACCAUAUUGUUGAAAUUUGUCUUCCAAUUUUUUUUUUAAUGGAAUAAUAUUAUAAACCAGUGAAUGACAAAGGGGUACCCGUAGUGAUUAUCCUGGCGCACUCUCAGGGUAAGUAGUCAGAUUGCUUAUAAACAGUUUUGUAACUUAGCUGGGGACCACCCAGGGGGAGCAAGGAGCUUCAGUUGGCUCUACUGAGCUAAGUCCUGCACAUCCAGGGCCGGCUCAUUUGCUGAGACCGUCAGCUGAACACUCUCAGCCAUUGAUGGCACCCUUUGAUUAGUUCAAUGCAGAGAGCUUCUGGGUGCAGAUGAGGAGGUGACCUGCACCCAGGAGAUCCCAGGUAAGUUGUCAAACUAUUCACAGAUAGUUUUACUACUUACACUAGUAGGGUGCCAGGACAGUCCUGGCACCAUAACCACUAAAUAAGGCUGUAGUAGUUAUGGUGCUUUGAGUUCCUUCAAAUAAGAUCUCGAUCCCUGUAAAGCACAAGAUGCUUGCUGCUGAAAUAUCUUUUCCUGAGGUACCGUAUCAAGGAAGAGAAAACGUGAACUCAUAAAACGUCAUUCUACCAAAACAGUUCAACAAGUUCAUUAGAAUUAACUAAUGUUCUUUCUGUAUCAUAUAUCAGAAGGCAUGUUUGAUGUCAGAGUGAAGAUUCUAGUUGGAAUACGACAUCACUCCGGCCCCGGUAUAACUAAGCGGCAGGCGAGGGAGCAGAGGUGGAACAUCACAGCUCCCUCACUGUCCGCCUUCACUCUCCCCCAGCCGGCCGCCCACUCGACUCCAGGGUAAGCCGAUCCACUCUAGCUGUCCCAAAGGUAGGAAGGCUGGGUGGAUUUAAGUUGAAUUAAAACAUAAAAUAAUUUGUGAGUGUGUCUGUCAGCAUGUGUAUCUCAGUGAGUGUGUAUUUUUUAGGUGACUAGCCCCCUUCUGAACACAUACAAAAGUUUUUUGUUUUUUUUAACUCCCCUUAUUUCCCACGCCGUGCCAGUCUCUCUGCAGCUGGCCCUGCCUCUAUGGCUGAGAUUAUCAAGCUUGAUCUCAGCCAAUCCAAUGCUUUCCCAUAGGAAAGUAUUUGGAAGCUAUUGCGCAUGCGCUGCCAAACGCUGCACCAAUCAGUAUCUCCUCAUAGAGAUGUAUUGAAUCAAUGCAUUUCUAUGGGGAACAUUGGUGCCUCCAUGCAAAGCAGGGAGAUGCUAAAUGUAGGUGUCGCACACAAUGCAGCACUGAAAUAAGAAGCACCUCUAGUGGUCGUCUGAGUGACGGCUACUAGAAGUGUUACUAUGCAGCACCGUAAACACUGCCUUUUCUCUAAAAAGGCAGUGUUUACAUUAUAAAGCCUGCAAAGACAGGCUGUAGACACCCAAACAAGUACAUGAAGCUGUAGUGGUCCUGAUGACUAUAGUGUCCCUUUAAGAAUUGUAUUUUUGUCAUUGAAGAUAAAGCCUUGUAAGUUUACAAAAACAAACUGGCUCUUAACUUUUUUAGCUGGCUCCUAGAUUCAAAGCAAAAUUUGUCAAGCCCUGGAUUAAAUAGCACCAACAAAUUCUGUGCUGCUCUACACCAGGAAUAUAAAACAAGGUGAGCAGACCAACAAAGCUUACAAUCUAAAUGAAGUAGAAAAUAAUUACACAGGAGGAAAUACAUACUAAUAUAUUACACGUGUUAGCUGUUAAAAAGGAGGGGUUUGGUUGGUAGCCCUGAGCGUUACCUGUCUAAGACUUUACGUAGCACAUGAUCAGACAGAUUACCACCCUGAAAGCUAACCCAUGUAUGGAUUAUGAAUUAUGUUUUUUUAUAUUUUACAUUCAGAUCACUCUAAUAUGCGGUUUAUAGGAAAUGUAAAACAGUAGCUGUUCUAAUUAUAAGUCAUCAUGGACAGUUGCUCACAAGAGGAGGGGAGUGUUCCAAACCAGUCCCCCCUCCCCCAGAACAAACAGGUUUUGCAUAUUGAAGGUAUUAAUUACUGGUUUCUAGAAUAAAUAAUCGGGUAACAAACUAAUUAAUAAGAACAAUAAUAUUAAGAAAAGAUCUUGAUUUGUAUUUGUAAAAUUGUAGUGUUUCCGAGUUAUCUUACAGAACCAUAUUGAUCAACAAUCUCCUUCUCUUUAAACUUAUUAAAGUGUACCUGUUCCUUCUAUCCGGUUCUAACAUUGCUCUCAGGGUCCGUGUUCCUUCUAUCCGGUUCUAACAUUGCUCACAGGGUCCGUGUUCCUUCUAUCCAGUUCUAACAUUGCUCUCAGGGUCUGUGUUCCUUCUAUCCAGUUCUAUCACUUCUCUCCGGGUCUGUGUUCCUUCUAUCUAGUUCUAUCACUGCUCUCCGGGUCUGUGUUCCUUCCAUCCAGAUCUAACACUGCUCUCAGGGUCUGUGUUCCUUCUAUCUGGUUCUAUCACUGCUCUCCGGGUCUGUGUUCCUUCUAUCCGGUUCUAACAUUGCUCACAGGGUCCGUGUUCCUUCUAUCCAGUUCUAACAUUGCUCUCAGGGUCUGUGUUCCUUCUAUCCAGUUCUAUCACUGCUCUCCGGGUCUGUGUUCCUUCUAUCUAGUUCUAUCACUGCUCUCCGGGUCUGUGUUCCUUCCAUCCAGAUCUAACACUGCUCUCAGGGUCUGUGUUCCUUCUAUCCAGUUCUAACACUGCUCUCCGGGUCUGUGUUCCUUCCAUCCAGAUCUAACACUGCUCUCCGGGUCUGUGUUCCUUCUAUCCGGUUCUAUCACUGCUCUCCGGGUCUGUGUUCCUUCUAUCUGGUUCUAACACUGCUCUCCGGGUCUGUGUUCCUUCCAUCCAGAUCUAACACUGCUCUCAGGGUCUGUGUUCCUUCUAUCCGGUUCUAUCACUGCUCUCCGGGUCUGUGUUCCUUCUAUCCGGUUCUAUCACUGCUCUCCGGGUCUGUGUUCCUUCUAUCCGGUUCUAUCACUGCUCUCCGGGUCUGUGUUCCUUCUAUCCGGUUCUAACACUGCUCUCUGGGUUUGUGUUCCUUCUAUCCGGUUCUAUCACUGCUCUCAGGGUCUGUGUUCCUUCUAUCCGGUUCUAACACUGCUCUCCGGGUCUGUGUUCCUUCUAUCCAGUUCUAACACUGCUCUCCAAGACAUUUCAAACCCAGACAGACCUAUUUACAAUUAAAUUGAAUUCUUAUUGCACCCAAGAAAGCAUGGUACUGUAAAGAAAAACCUAAUGAAUGCAUGCGAUAUUUUUUUUCCUAUACCACUGUAGUAUGUAUGGUCAAUUAGACGUUUGAUUAAACCACUGGUCCUUGUGGGGCACUCUGUAGCUUCACAGACUGGUGGGGAGAUCAGAUUUGCUCUGACCAGCCAAUCACCAAUCCCUGGUAGGAGCAAAUUACGGUUGCUGGCAGUAUACAGCGCUGCCAAGAGAGAGAGGACAGUCCGUGAUUUAGCCAGUCAACUUCUAUGGGAGAUAUUUAUAAAAGUGUUCUAAAAAGUGGCAGUUAAACUCCGUGUUUACUUUGAUAAUAUUGAAUAAAGUGUUAUAAAAGGGGACCGUGUUCCUCAUAAUAAACAAUGCCAGCUUUUGCAGAAAAAUUUCCAUUUCGGAAAACCACCCAAUUUAUAGUGACGGAAAAAAGGGAAGUGAAACAGAACACUUUUCGGUUGCAAAAAAUAGCAGAAAGAUUGAUAAAUCUAUUGUUGCCACAAAUAUGUUGUAUAAUCACAAAUGAUGGUUAGCAUGCAAUAAACCUACAUAUUUUAAAACUGAAAUAUUAUUUACAUCCAAUAUUCAGUUAAUAUUUUGUGGAAAAGGACAGUGACAUUUUGCCUAAUCUAUUUACUGCCAACCGUUGCUGGUGACACUGUGCCCAGUCAUCUGCCUGGUUCUGGAGACAGGCCACGUAUGGAACAGAUGCCAGCAACCUACCAGGUCUUAUCUUCUGUAUAGUUUGUGACGCCCUGAGCAGCUGGGCAUGGGGAGGUGGCUCAGAGCCUACCGUCUGCUGUGAGUGGGGGGAACAAAAGUACACACUAGUUACACCUCUUGCUUUGUGCCUUUGUGUCCUUUGUUAGAAAGUUAGUGGGAGGUGAGGUCUGCAAAGAGUUUGUGAUGCAUUCAUGGUCCAGAAAUCAAAUCUGAAGCAGAUUAACAAGUGGAAAGCCUAGGCUUGACAAGAUCUAAGCGAUGUAUCAACAACAAACACAAUGUAUUUCUUUAAGAAUGUUUAAAGGGAAAAGGUACAGAGAUAAAGGCAAGAAGCAGCUCAUCAAGUAUAUUACCUGAAAAAUAAAUACAUUCCGAUAUCAAAACAAUGAACUGGCAAAUGUGUAGAAAUUUAACCCAUUGUUUAGCUCAGAGAACAAUGGUUGAUUGUAGAUUUAUCUCAUAACUAUAUGAGGUCUGAUUAAGGAUAGACAGCAUUGGCCUCUCUAUGUCCACAAACAAAAAGUUGUAACGUGAUCGCAAUUAGUAGCUUUUAGUUUAAGAAAAUGUGAAGUUAUACUUUUUUCCACUGGAACAAGAAUUUGACAAUGCCUUUAGUUUGGCAACUCGUUUCACUAUAAAUAAAUAAAUAAAUAAAUAAAAUGAUGGUGAUAGAGGAAAUAAAAUAAACUCUGGGUAAGCUAUCAAACUGUUUGUGGUGUCAAAGUAUCCCCAUUCACUGAAGAAGGGCAGGGCUGAUUGAUAGAAACCAAAACCAAAUUUAUUAAGGGUACUUUGUCAUGAAUAGGUUUUCCUAUUCUAACCCAUUCUAACCCAUUAAAAUAGCUCUGGGAACAAUUUUGGGAGUUUUAGCCCAGGAGCCAAGUAUUAUUGCUCUAAAUAAAUAGACAGAAAAUGUCAGAAGUUAGAUUUUGUACCUUUGAUCAAGGAAAUUGACCUACCUUAACCUACCUUGGUGGGUCACUUAACACCAGCCUUCGUUGACAGACCCAUUUUAGUUCAAAACAUAUUAUCGGCGUUGGAUACUUGAGUUUAUUUACAAUUCUAGUGGAUUAACCAGGAAAUGACACAUGUGGUUACGAAGCAUUCAUAGUUUGUCAUUCUCUUGUCAGUCCUAUACAGUUUCCAUUUUCCCAUUGUGUGAAUGAAUUUAAGAAGAGUUACAAAAAACAGCAAUAAUUCGGUUCUCAUCAAUCUCAUCUAUAUAAGCAAACCAUCGUUGAAAUUCAACGAGUGGUAUGGAAUUCACAAAGUACCCAUCUUCAGCUAUGGAGGCAUAGUUGAAAAACCAAACCAAGCAUAUAGACCAGACAUUUUGCUCAAUGUACCUUAAAUGUAUUUAUCUACAGAAAAUGCCAUAUAAAUGUAUUUCAGUCUCUCUAUAUAUGGGAUCUUGGUUACCCUCAAACUGCUAUGGGAGGAGGGCUUUCUUGUCAUUCAAUUUUUUUGUGAAUAUGAAAAUAGUGACAUACCUGGACUUCGUCUUCUACAGGUGGACAAAUGGAACCGACAUGACCAGAAGCUCUUUGAAGCGGUGGAGAAAGGAGAUGCCAAGAGAGUUUCAUCUGUUCUUGCCAAGAAGCCCAUCCGACCCACCAAGGCAAGCCCGAAAGGACAAUCUGCGUACGUUUGUUUUAAAUAUCUCUGGGAGCCUGGUGGGUGCUGUUUACUAUAGAGCUCACCUGAAAAGGGAAAUCAAACACUUAAAAUAAUCAUAAAGAUAGCAGACAGAUUGUGUCAUGUAUUGAAAUGUAAACAUUUAAAGAUAUGAUACAAGAACAUGGAGUUGCCAACUCCAUGCCAUUCUAAACAGGUUUUUUUUGGGGGGUUGGAGAGUUUACAGUUACUCCAAGCAGCUGGUUAAUAUGAAAAGAAAGCACACUGUUAUAAUACUCUGCCAGACUACUAAGGGGGAGGCAGUGGUGCCCCCCAGAUGACUGUCAGGAAGCAGUACCAGGGAACAGAACUUUGCUACACACCCCUCUACUAGUUAGAUAGUGUGGUGGGAAUGAAUUGAAUACCAGGCUGCGCAACAUGUGCUUCUUUGUGGCUAUGCUUCCAUUGAGAUCCCAGAGAGCAGCGGCACACAGUUCACAGGUAGAGAAGAUGGGGUGUAACAUAGAAAUAUGUCAAGUAGGUGUCAUGGGAUCUUUUGUGGGGCUCAAGCCCCAGGUGUUUAUGGAACCUAACAACAACUCUAGUGAUGGGAGUUAUGAUAAUUCAGUCACAUUUCGAAGAUGAAAAUAUGUAUAUAUUUAUAAUCCAGACCAUUCCUUAUGUGGCUCUCUUCUGUUAUGCUCAUGUGAUCAGACAUUGUGAGCAGUUUCUUUAUAUCAGAAGCCGAUGUUUAUUAGAGAGCAACUUUAAAUGUAUUCCUACUAUCUGCUGAAGGGGCAAAUCAGGUACCCUCCAAACUUACUGGCUUUUCCCCCCUCCUAAGGAUGAUGUUUUUUUUUGCAAAAACUGCAUUAAAAAACAUAUUGAAUUAGUCAAUAUGUUCUUAUAAAUAGCUGUCUGUCGAUAGUACAUUUUUAAAUGAUUACUUCCUAAAUAUAAGUUUUUAUUCACUAAACAGUAAGUUGCUGCAGCUUGACGUAAGAAAAAAAAAACUAAUUAGAAAAAAAAACAAGCUAAAAAUAUUUCAAAAAAAACAGAAGAAAAGCUGAGACUGAGGAAAAGCUGUUGAAUUCUAUCUUUUUCAGCUUGUCCUCUGUUUUGUGGUAUCAGUUAGUGAGGAUUCUGAUUACCCCUGAAGCACAUUAUGCUGUCAGGGAAAGUAUCCCGUUUAUUUUAGUUCAGUGGGUGAAGGUACAGUUUGUGUUUUGGUGAAAAAUAUUUCCACCUUCACCUUUAUACCUACCAAGUGUCCUGGAUCUGGGAGAACAGUCCUGUUCUUUUGUGUCUCAGUUCCAUUGAAUACCUGAGAAAAUUCUGGCAAUGUGUGUGAAAUGUGUAUGUUUGACACUUCCUGAGGACCUCUUAAUGUAGUACUCCAUGUGAAGAGCUGGUUAGCAAUAUGGGUGUUAAAGGCAAAUAUUAUUAUUAUUGGUAUUUAUAUAGGGCCAGCUUAUUCCGCAGCGCUUUACAAUAAGAGGGGAAUUUACCAAAUGAGACAAUUACAAAAUGUAACCGGAACAAUAGGUAGUUGGGGACCCUGCUCAAACGAGCUUAAUAUGACCUUUCCACCAUGUUUUAGCAAUGUUAGCUUGCGUUGGUAUUAUAUUGAAUAAUCAAUUAAGUGAUUACCCCACAGUCCGAGACUCAUCUAAUGAUCAUUUUGAAUUUACAGGUUCCACCUUGCCGCAUCCAAGGGCCACACCGACUGCCUAAAUGCAAUUGUAUCUCACAAAGUGGAAAUCAACGCCAAAACCGAUGAUGGUAAAUUAAUGCCAUCCUUUAAUUAGUCUCCUCUUUUGCUUAAGGCCCCUGGUAAAAGGGAUAGUAUAGGCUUUGUUUAUAAUGCUUUCAACAAGAAGGUUAUAAAGUGAUCUGAGUUAAUACUCCUUCCUUCUGAAAAAAAGGGCCAUUCCCAUCAAGUCUAGUGGUGAUUGGGGGGCCAAACCCAUCACUUUCCGAGCUAGCCAGCGUUACUUCCGGUCCCAGACAGUUUAAAACCCAUCACUUCCUGUUGUGAGGCUCUAGUCCAGACAGUAAGAGAGAGUUUAAAACUAAAUUACAUUUUAGUUACAUAAAUUGUUAUUAUUUCACCUAUUUCCCAGAACAGUCCUGGCCACGUCUCGACACCUCUAAAAUUAAAGUGUCCACAUUUGAAAUGUUGGGGAAGUAUGCUUCAAUGAAAGAAACAUUUCCACAUUGUAAACGAAAAAAAAAUCAGUUUCAGGCUAGGGUCAUUUAAAUCUAUCACAUAUGUAUCUAUUCAUGUUAUAUGUCCCACAUUGUAAUAUAACUAACGAUAUGUUUGCAGGUUACACCGCUUUGCAUUUGGCAGCCAGUAACUGCCAUCCAGAUUGUGUCAAGCUUCUGCUCCAGGUACGUCUGAACCAUGUGCACCCACAUUUCAUCUGUGUGAAGCAGUGACUUCUAGAAUAUCCAUCAACACCUGCUCUCUGUAUACUGGGAGAAAAUCUGUGCAUGAGGGGGAUAUGGUGUUUAAACACAUGACAAAAAUCUUUAAAUAACAAAUAAAAAAAACAAAGCUUUCAAAUGAUAAAAUACAUCAAUCAGUGCAUCUCUAUAGGGAGCGUUCAACAUCUCCAUGCAGAGCGCGGAGACACUGACCGUAGGUGCUGCACACUGUGCAACACUGACCCAGGAAGCACCUAUAGUCGCUGUCUGAGUGACUGUUACUAGGCAGCAAUGCAAACACUGCCUUUUCUCGGAGUCUGCAGGGAAGGCUAUAGACACCAGAACAACUACAUUAAGUUGUAGUGCUUCUGGUGACUAUAGUGUCCCUUUAAGCAAUAUCAUUUUUUUGUGAUGGUAACAAUUUUCACAUUUCCACUUUUGAUCUUAAAGUUCCAGUUCUAGAUUCUCAUCGUUUUGCGUUUCAUUCCUGCAGUUGCCGGAGGUUUCAUUAAAUCACGGUCAUGUUUGUUUUCACAGCGCGGUGCCCAUGAGGACUCCAUAGAUUUCCACAGCCAGACACCUUUACACUGUGCAGGUUAGUAGAGGCAAAAGAAGGUCAGCUUUGGUGUGAGUAAACUCGUUAUGGGAAUACAGGAGUCUGUCAUCUUCCUAAAUACUAUAUUUACCGGAGGUCACCACGUUUGACUGAUUUUCAGAAUUUCUCCCCAUUCAGUAUUUUAUCCCUUUAAUAAAUGUUGAUAGAUAACAUUAGAAGAAGAAGUGAGUAGGAAAGAAGGGACCUGCCGACAUGGGAGAUGGUUAACAAAAAUCAACCCAAAUAGAAAUAAAUUUGCUGCUAUUUUGGAGUACAUUCUACAAUUUGAUCCACAUGUUAAUAUUUAGUAAAUGUUUAGUUUUUCUUUGUAUCACUGUGUCGGUCUACCUUUCUGGGACGUAGGUUGUGCGCACACAGAGACUACAGAUCGUAUAUAUUUUUCUAGUCACUUGAAAUGUCAGCAUGCUGUAUGGUAGUAAGUGUAAAAUGCUGCCCCUCUGUAUGUAGGCUUCAUAUGAUGCAGGAGGAAAAACAGUCUGACAACCAAGAAGGAAUCCCAAAGAAACUGCCUGGAGUACAUUAUUUUCGCUUAUCCCUUAUUCUUCCCAGAAGAAGUUACAGAACUUCUACCUCUGCUAAUUUCAGCUUCACUGUUGCUGCAUUCCGUUUACAGUUUGGAGAGCAGAGCUGUCCGAUGUGAUUGAAGCUCAGGCGCCAUCACAGUUUACUGUGAAAGAUUCUGUUAAAAAAUGGAGGGGGGCCUUUAAAGUGUGCAAAUGCCUUACAAUUAUUUGUUUAAGUAGAAGAGGUAGAAUAGCUCUAUCCUGUAAAAUCAUCAUUCACAGGGUGGGCUUACAGGUGCAGAUAUAUUUGUAACCUGGGCAAGAAGAAAGUGCUGUUAUGGUACUUAGAGGAUCCUUUAACUAUUUGUUAUUCAGCAAUUCAUUUCCAUUCCACCCACAUAGAUGAAAUAUUAAGGUCAUGGAUUUGCUUGUUAUCUGACGAGCAGCAAUAUCUUUUGUCGCUCACUCUUGUGUAGAGAGAAGGAUCACCUUAAACAUAAAUUCUCUAUUUCAGCUGCCUCUGGAUGUGUCUCCAGCGUGGUACUCCUGUGUGAUUCAGAAGACACCGUCCUCGAUGCUGCAGAUGAUGUACGUUUAACUCUUCUUACUGUUGACAUGAAUUCUUUACUGAAUGGGUUAAUCUAUGAUAUAGGGAACACUCAGAAGCUGGCUGACCAUAAUGAGAGUUUCAUUUAGCAAAAACUGGAUGCUCGGGGCAGAGCUUGCCUAACAAGUUCUGACCUCUCGAUUCUAAGAACAGGAAAUGCAGAGAAUUGCUGCGGUCUUCUACAAAAUAUGCUCACAAACAUGACCGAUAUCGUGAUUUCCAGCUUAUGGGGGAAGAGAAGGGGGUCAAGGUUCAAAAUGUCUGAGAGGCAACAUAUUCCAGAAGACAAAUGGCAUCCUACACAGAACAAACACAGGGGUUGUGUGCUCCAUGACUGCAGCCUAACAGAAAAGAGUAUUUUUAACAGCAAGGAGAGGAAAGAGACCGUUCUAUAGGGAAUUAAUUCUGAAAUAAUAACUAACUAUUGUAGACAUACAUUUACAUAUUCUCCCACCUAAUUUAGUUUACGAUUUGGGCUUUAUAAUGCUUGACCUGACGCACCCACUUAUUUAUCCUUGUGGAGUGUCGUCUAUCUUUUGUAGUGUGUUGAAUUUUCCUAAAGAUGUUACAAUAUCCUCCUUUUACUAAAAUAGUCUGUUAAUAUGCCAAGACAAUUAUAUAAACAUUCCUGGUAUUUAUUUCCAUAUUCUUCCUAGUCCGUGAUGUCCUUACAUGCACACGGAAAAGUCAGCUCACUGCAAAGAUACACAGGGGGUAGGAAAAGACAGCAUGAUUUGUGUCCCAUAGAGAGCACUUGAGUUAGCUUGGCAUGGGGACGUUGGAUCAAGAUUCAACAUUAUAGUGGGUUUUAUUGAGCAUCAAAGUACAGUGUGUGUGUUUUUGCAGAAAAAAAAUAAAUAGAAAAAGCUUAAAGAUUUAUUUAUACUGCUUCUCUUUUACCUCUCUCUUUAUAGGAUGGUCGAACCCCACUGAUGGUAGCAGCGGAGCGUAAUCAUCCCACAGUUUGCGCUCUCCUUUUAGACCGUGGCGCUCAGGCUAAUCUGACCGACCGAGAAAACAAGUGAGUCCAUAAUGUUACAAUCUAUAACAUCCCUUAACGUAGUUUAUCACACAGAAAUACACACACACAAACACACAAGGACAGAAACUCUCAGACUGCAUUCUAACAAUCAGUGGCAACUGCAGACCAUGCAUUAAUCAUGCUGAUAAACAAAGCUGAAGAACCGUAACACGAGCCACCAACUGCAUUUGCUUCUAUUUUACAGAGUGGACAGUCUCUUUAAAAGACAGUGCCAUUCAUGACGUGCAUUUCUGACCAUCUUUGGCUACAUUUCCAUGAUACCUUACAGUGUGAAUGGCUGUACUGUUUAAUGCAAUAACCCUCAAGCACCAUGCAAGUAUCCUUCAAAAAAACAAAACCCACACAAAUCAUAGAAAAUUCAGAAAGCCAGACAGUGAGAUAGAGAAAUCCCCAAGUGUUGCCUUUAUUUCUAAUGGUACAGCUGUAGCCCUAAAGUCGGCUGGGCAUUUCAAUGAAUGUAGUCCAAAGACUUGUAGAGUGGCACAGUCAGCCAUCACUGAAAUAGGACCUUGUACAUUUCAUACAGCAAACAUCUGGUAAUGGGUAUACCUGGAAUAACAUUUAGACUUAAAGUGUUCUUCUUUAUCAGAACCGCCUUGAUAUUGGCAUGUGAGAAAAGCAACAUCCAGGCGGCAGAGGCGCUAAUAGCAAAGGGAGCUGAUCCAUGGCCUAAAGAUAACCGGGGAUGCGAUGCACUGGCUUAUGCCACCCAGUCCAGAGAUGAGUCUCUCAGGAAACGGGUCCAGACUGCACUGGAUAGAAGGAAAAGUGGUAAGUGUGUGGCCAACAUGCAGAUUCAUUCUAUGGGUGGAAAAAGAGGAUCCACCAUGGGUAAUAACAUUUGCACAGCAUUUUGUCUGGUCUAGUAAAAAAAAGUCCACAAAUAUAUAUGGCUUUAUUGAGAGUACAAUAUCGGUACAAGAUCUGAAUAACAGGUACGGAGUCUGUCCUCCAAAUCCAUGAAAUUACUGCAGCUCAGGAUGGUGGUAUUUUAAGGGCAGGGGCUCUGUCAGGGAGACAGCGUGAGACCAUGCCGGUUAGAGAGUGCCAAAAGGUUACAGUAACAGCAGCACAAGUGAAUGCUGGUAGCGGUGCUGGACCUUACCCCCAGCUAUUUUAUAAUCUUUAACAUUUAUUAUAAUGAUUAUAAUAAUAAUAAUUAGUAUUUAUAUCGGGUCUUUCUCCCAGUGGGACUCAAAGCUUUUCAGCGCACGCUCUUGGAAUUAACUAAAUCAGCAGCUGAAUAGUAAUGGAUGUUAUUACCCUGUCACGAUUCGGGAACCUAACACGCUAACAGGUCACAGAGAGUAAGGGUGCUGUACCGGUCCUUAGAGUGGCCGGGCUAAGCACACUAAGAAUAGUCAGGAGACAAGCCAAGUAAAGGCAGCCAGAAAACGGGAGAACGAGAAACAAGCCGAGGUCAAAGGAGUGGAGAAGACAGGAUAAUCGGAAUAACGAGCCAAAUAAUCAGUAACCAGAGAGCAAGACGAGAACACUACGCUACAGGUAUCACAAGACCACAACAGGGCACUGAGGGACAGGAAAGGUAAGUAUAAAUACCCUUGGUUUAAUUCUGAUUGGAUAACUUCCAAUCAGAAUUAACAAUCACACGUGGGGGAUAUCUAUACCUCCCACUGUGAUUGUGGUACUGUUCCUUUAACGCCGGGUCACUCACGUGACCCCGGCGUUUACAUAAUUCAGUGACCUCCCAGCGUGCAGCGUUAUGCAUGCUGCCGCUGGGGGGGGGCGUGGAGGACGCGAGCGGCAGAGAGGAGACGCCGCUCGCCGACAGGUAAGCGGAGGGGAGACCACGGGCGGCGACGGACUGAGGGUGAGUGCUGCAAGUGGCGUGCAGCCUACCCUCCUAGCCGCCCGCGGAUCCCUGACAUACCCUAAUUGAUGGUGCUCAUUUUAUCGACCUCAGAAGAUUGAUGGUACUCAUUUUAUCGACCUCAGAAGGGAUUUGUGAACAGGUUUUGUAGUCAGGGAAUUUACCAACUGAGCUACCUCGCCAGCUUUAUUAAUACUAUAUUGGGCCAGCAUGUAAAAUAACUGCCAUAAUUCUGUCUUUAUUUCCUUGAAUUCUAUCCUAAGUUUAUUGUUGACCGAUUAUGUCUGAUCAUGAACUCUGUGGAAUCUGUGUUUCUGGCUCCAUAUAUUUUGUUAAAUAUUAAUAAUUUUUCCACUUUCCCCAACAGAGGAAGAUUCUCAUCAGGAAAGCCUGUCUGCAUGCAAGGUAUGGUAAAUUGUUAACUUACUUUGUAAUAAGUCUAAGAGGUUGUAUCACUUGUGGUUUAAUUAUCUUAAAGGAACACUCUAAGCGCCAUAACCAUUACAGCCCGUAUUAGGGUCAUGGAUCUAGAAGUGGCCUGGAGCACUUCUAGAGUAAGUAAUCAAACCAUUUAAACACUGUUUGGCAACUUACCUGGGGACCCACACCACAUCCACCUUUGUCUGCAGGAGAAGCCAAAUUUCUCCCCUGAGCAAAGUACAGCCAGAUCCUGGAGCACGCUUAAUGUUUGAGUGUGCUCAGCUGACUUUCUCAGCCGAUGAGAGCAACCCUGCACUAGUUCAGUGGAGAGAACCAGAAUCUUCUUGCAAGAGACUCUGGACGCAUGGCUGCGGCUCUGAGAGCCAGGGGGACCCAGGUAAUUUAUCAAAGCAUUCUAAAUGUACAGUUUGACAAAAUCACUCUGGGAGGGUGUCAGAAAAUUACUAUCACCAUUACCACUACAGUGGGUUGGAGUGCUUAUGGUGUUUCUUUAAAAGCGCAAUGAUCAUUAGAACUUUUUUUCACAUAAAUCUGUCACUUCCUCGUUCCUUCAUUCCUUGAGCAUUUACUGGGAUAAAUAACGAAGUAGAGGUAAGGGGAGGAGAAAAAAAUAAGUAAAAGAAACACACGCUAUUGCACAUGUGUUGCAGUUUCUUUGUGGUUCCGUGAUGCCUCACGUGUGCAUGUUCACACUUGGGCAUCCAACAGAGAUAUUCUAUAGCUGAUCAAGUAUGUAAGUAGAAAUAUAAAGAUAGAAAUAGAGUUCAAAGUUAGGUCACAAAACUAACUAUAAAAAGUAAUCUGCAUAUAUCAAAGUGGCGGUUUUCUGCAUUGUAUAUUCUGCUAGUUUUUACAGAAAUUUCCAUUUCAGAAAAACUCCAAAUUUAAAGUGACAGAAAAACUUUACCGUUAGAAAAAGUGGAGGAAAUAUUCAUAAAUCCGUUGAAAUGGCCAAGCUUGACAGACACCUUUUGGGGUCGAAACGUUGCUGUUGUGGUUCCUAAUAUAGUACCUGUCUUGAAUCAAGGAGUGCCAGGACCUCUGUCUCUCCCAAAAUGACCUGCUCGGUUGCUUAAGUUUAUUUUAGGUUUCAGUAGUCAUAACUGCCUGUUAUAACACCACAUCAAUAAAAAGAACCGGAAUUGUAUCCAGUGAUUUCCAGUGUAUUUUAGUUCUCAGCCUUUUUUACAAAUCCAUAGUCAGACAAACAGAUCAGUAUUUACAAAAACACCAAAUCAUAGCUCAGGAAACAGAUUUUCUUGACCAUGAUGGCAAGACUCUUUAACCCCUUAAGGACGUGUGACAUGUCAUGAUUCCCUUUUCUUCCAGAAGUUUGGUCCUUAAGGGGUUAAAAUUCAUACCACGGAUGUAAAGGCAAAAUAUGUCCAGAAAAUGUUUUGACUGUAGUAGCAUUUUAAAUUCACUCAUUAACGAUACCACUAUGCUUUCAGAUACAUUCACAGACUAUCAUCCGGGAACAGGAGUUGACAAACAUGUGGAAGAAGCGAUUUGAGGAAGAGCAGAAGAGGGGCCUUUGGCUUCAAGGAGACUUGAUGGUAAAAACCCAGGAACUGGAAAGUGCUUCAGAAGAGAGCAGACAGGAGAAGAUCAAGAUGAGGAAGAUGGUGGAGGAGCUGAAUGGUCUUCUUGAUGGACAAACAGAAAGGCAAGGUGCUACAGGACAAGAAUUUUACACGUCGGACUUAUGUGGUCUUCUUAAUCGGGUAGUAGAGCAAGCGAAAAAAAAUAACGAACAUCAGCAAACUGAAAGAAAGCUACAGGAGGAAAAAAUAAAAAUUCUCACAGAGCAAACUGCGGACAUUAAAGAACUCCAAGUGAAACACCAAGAAGAAGUGAAACAACUUCAAGAAGCGGCAACUGCUGCAAGAGAAAAUGAAGAUUGGGCACGUCAAAGAGUAGUGGAGUUGGAAGGUCAUCUGGAGAACAUGAGGGAGGUGCUGUCUCAAUUCGAGAAGAGGAAGAGGAUACAGAGUACUGUGGUGGAGGAUCUGCAGGAACAGAUCUCAGAGGUUAUUAAAGAAAAGGAGGAGCUGGAGAUGUUACUGAAAAACCUUCAGGAACAGGAAGAUACUAUGGAUGACCACAAGAAAGAGAGACUUCAUAAUGACCACAUCUUGGAGAAAACCAACAUCACUGUGUUGAAGGAAUUUCUACAGAAAUUGAGAACAGACUAUAGCAAUUUACAGAAUAAAACCUCAAGUUUGCAAGUUGGAAGUGAGAAUUUAAAGAGUUGCUCGGGUUUUGUGCCUGGGGACGUUUUAGAAAAAAACGCAGGGAAUUUUAACAAGACUAUUACGGACAUGGAGAAAUAUCUUACCAGUAUCGAUAAAAGUCAGAUUAAUAUGUCUGUAAGUUUAUCAGAGAGACCUGACUCAGGAUUGGGUCUACCCGAUACAGUAGGUGAGCACAAGGAAAGACAUAAAAAUAUAAAUGGAGGACUUUAUCAUCAAUUAAUACAAAAGGUGGACUUAAACUUGCCUUAUUCCCAAAGUGGAUUUACACAUUCUUCUGGAGGCCAGGCCACCAAAACUGAAUGUAAAGCACUAGGAACUCCUCAUAUUUUGAAUAUCACAGCUACACCGGAAAUUAAGCACUCAAGCACUGAUUACAAGGACAACAUUGAUUCAUUAAAAAAUAACAUUCAGGAGCUACAGGUUGAGUUGUCAGGUCUCAAAGUGUCGCAUGACCAAGUCAUCACGCAGAUGAACCUUAACAGUCAGGAGAAGCAGAACUUAGAAGAAGGUCUUCUUGCCCUGCAGGAACGUCUACAGGGAGAGUAUGCUUUGAGGCAAGAAAUGGAUGGUCAAUGCAAAGACUACAAGCAACAAAUUCUUCUCUUGACAGAUGAACUGGUGGCAGAACGACGAAAGCUCCAUCAGCUGAAUUUAAGACUUGCAGCCCAGGAGAAUGAAAUGCUUACAUUGAGAGACAGUUUCCCUCCUGAAAUACUGAAAGAGGAACACAUGAAUAGAGGGGAGAUGUUCAAAUCGGACAUUUUGGAGGAGCUGUAUUGGAACGUAGGCACUCUAGUAAUGAAAUAUAGUGAGGUCUUGAAGCAGAAGGAAGCAUUACAAAAAGACAAUCAACAGCUCAAAGAAAGUCAGACUCAGAUUAUACCAAUAACCGAGCACAACAAUAUACUUAAUGAAGUAACAAACAAAUUGGACACACAGAUCAAAGAAACAGAUAUGAUGAAGCAGAAACUCUUCCAAGCCAUGGGGAACAUUGUAGAGCUAAGGGAUCAACUUGAGAAUCAAGCCACAAACUCCAUAACCAUAGAAGAACAUGGAAAGGAGGUGGCAAGUCUGGAAAAAACAGUGGCAUCUAUAAGGGAAGAGAAUCAAGCGUGUAAACUUGAGCUAGAAAAUAAAAAUGAGGAAAAGGUGCUGCUGAAAGAGCAACUUGAGCAGAAAGUAGAGGAGUUACAGACAAUAAAAUCUAGAGAAGCAGAGAGCUUAACCAAUUAUGAACAACUCAAGAGCAGGCUUGAGGUCCAGCUCCAAAGUUCCAGGGAGGAAAUCCAGAUCUUAAAAGAGAAAAUUACAGAGGCCUCCAGAGAAGCUUUGAGCUCCAAUGGCCUGUUUUCCUCUGAGAGGGAUAGGUCCAUGAAGCUUGAAGAGAGCAUGAAAGAUCUGGAGAGAGGCGCGGCAGAGCUAAAAAUAAAGACACACAACUGUGAAGAAGAAAAUCGGUGUCUGGAGAGAACAUGCGACGAUCUGAACAGAGAAUUGCAGGAGAAAAACAAGAAGGUAAAUUACUGGGACAUAAAUCUUUGCUCUCACAAACACUCAGAUUCUAGAUCAAUGAAUGCUAAUCUUGGCAUGGCAGAUAUUGGCCGAUUUCAUUUACCAUGAAGCUCAGCCAAUCUAAAAUGUCUGAAUAUAGAAAAUAAUCCAGGCACGCCAGCAUAUUCCAAACAAGGCAAUUUUAUUGGAACCACAGAGCAAAAAGCAACGUUUCAACCCCUUAGGCUUGACAAAGGCCCUAAGGGGUUGAAACGUUGCUUUUUACUCUGUGGUUCCAAUAAAAUUGCCUUGUUUGGAAUUUGUUGGAGUGCCUGGAUUAUUUUCUAUAUUCAAAUUCUACAUUUGGUCCUCUUUGGUACUGGGACUUGUCCAGCAUAGAACCCAGGAUUCCAGGACGAAGGGAUGAGUGCGCUUCCAUCACAUAUAUGACCAUCUAAACUGUCUGGGCAUUAACUUGAAAUGUACUUCACAGACAUCUGGAGUGGCAAGGUUAGCUAUUAAUUGCAGAAAAAGGACCAAAGUUGUUGAUUUAUUUAUUUUAAUAGAGGUUGAAAGAAAAGUGUAAUAUUGCAGCUUACAAAUCUACAACAUUAUUACCCUGCACUAAAAGCAUUCUUAAAAAAGAACACUCCAAGGACCAUAAGCACUACAGGGCACUAUAGUGGUUAUGGUGCCAGAAGUGCCAUUGUGAUCCCCUAGUGUAAGUAAUCAAACAUUUUUUAAUUUUUUUUUAAUUCUGUAUUUUUAUUGUGCAGGUAGGUACAUGACAAUUCCAUACGCCACAACAGCAUGCAUAUAGACUUAUAGACAUUCAUAUAAACUUAUUCGUGGCAUGAGGGCGUGCACAUUUUUAAAAAAUAUUAACAAAGGUGGUAUAACAGGCCUAACAUUGGUUAACGAUAACUGCAAUGUAGUUAGCUUGCGGGUGAGUUAGUAGUUUUACUGUAUCCUAUCGCAGUAUAUUUAAAAGCUUGGCAUACAAUUCUGGUUGAAAAACAAAACUUGUGGGACAAUCCUAGGGUACAGCAGACAUGUAUAGUAUUAAGUAGAUUAGGUAUGUGAGUAGUCAGGCGUGGCUGCAUGGCUAGUAUGAGUAACCCCCUAGGCUGUAUACUCUUAAGCAAAACUACAUUAUGCAUGUUUUCUCAGGAUUCCUAGUGACAGCAUUGUUAGAGUUUAUAUGAAAAGCAGAGUGAGAGGUCUCAGAAAAAUGGAAAUGAAACACAAAAAAAUGGGACAGAAAAUACUUUACGCCUUAUUCUCUGGUAUUAUGGUGUCAGAAUAAGGGUGGCUUGGUCAAAGAUUCCAGCGUCAGCCAAUGCCCAGACUUGGGGGGGGGGAAUGGAGGCUGUCCAUGGGUUGUGCCAUGUGGAAGCUGGGCUUGAAUGCUCUCCAGCUCUGGGUCGUGGUGAAGAGCAGCAUCGCGGGGCUAGAGGUUCGGGUCCUCUGUCUUGAGGCCAAGUCUCUUUGAUGUAAGGGACGGCUCGUGCUCCUGCUGUAGCGUUGCCGCCAGCGGCGGGGGAUUCUCAGCCUCCGCAGCAGAUGUCUGGGUGGCCUUGGGCCUUGUCUGGUCAGUUUGCGCUGUGUCAGGCAUUUGAUGUGUGAGUUCGCCUUGAGGGGGCCUGCUCACAUCCCGCUUCACUCUGCUGUGCUCUUGGUUCUGACAUGGUGUCUCCAUGGCGAGGGCCUCUAACUUUGCCCAGAAGUUUGUAAAGAGCCUAUCUACGUUGUGGAGCAGACUCUCACAUGUGCUCUGGAGUGACAUCGCAAUUUGUUCCAUGUCAGGAGUGUCCGCCAUUUUGUUUGAUGGUUGCUGUUUAAUCUUGUUGCUUGAUGGCUUCUUGUAGCCGGCUUGUUGAUGCUGGGUAUGUCGGGGGGGGGGAGGGGGAUCGGGAUGACCCCCACAGGUCCGGGAGGGGGGGGGAGGGGACAGCUUGGAGCUAUUUGCACUCCGCUGGGUAUAGGGCUUGGAGAGUGGCCGCCUCUUCUCUGCCCACGUUUGUGUAGGCCGCAAGCCUGAACGACGGCUUUUCAGUGCCGAAACGGCUGGAUUUUGGUAUCCCUGGAUGCACCGUCGUUCCCUUAUCUGGGUAGUCGUCGGUGGCUGGUCGGAUUGGCGAGUGGUCCUGGUGAUUCGUAGUUUAUCAGUCCCAGUCUGUGGAGCCCAGGCGAUGCACGUUUGAUCAGCUCUGCAUCCAGGCUCCGCCCCGCCAAACAAUUUUUUUUUUUUUUUUUUUUUUUAACAGUUUGACUUUUUAUCUGGAUUCUCCAGGUGCUAAUCCACACCGGCACUACUUCAGACAAGGCUCUGAAAGCUUAUAUCUGGUGGUUAAAGACUUGGCUCACUGUCUCAGGGCGAUCAGCUAAUGUUCUCAGUCAAUGAGACAGUGCUCCACUGCAAGGCUUAGCUAUGGACAAUUCAAGACUUGAUGAGGAGCUUCCGGCUCCCAGUGUAGACUGCGAGCAGUGCCAUGUGGACACCCGGUAAGAUCUCCAACCGUUCUAAAACCAGUUAGACUACUUAUAAUGGGGCAUGACAGGGUACUCCCCCCAUUGUAGUGGUUAUGGUGCUUGGGGUGUUCCAUUAAAGCAACAAUGCACCACAAAUAAGAUGAUUAUUUAAAAUAAAAUGCAAGUUUUUCAAUAUUAAGCAAGUCAAGCCCUACAUUGCUUUUCCAGGUGAGAGUACUCUUUGGGAGACUUAUAUUAUGUCCUGGGGCCACUUGAGGACAAGACACGCUUUGUGUGCGGGCCGCGAGCCCCGAUAACCAUGUUAGGAUAUCUUUGUAAUGAGUGCAUGUAAUUUAACUUUGAAUCCCUUGGUUUACCCUAAACUCCAUGGAGCAGCCAUUUUAAUUCCUCUUCGGUCAGAAACAUUUCUUGUAUGCCAACUUUAUGGAUAGUUUGAAGGUCUGAAAGUGCACAGAGUUCAUGUUUGAGAUGGCCUGCGUUUGGCCAAGACAGUAGGAUUUGUGAAAACACAUUAUCUCUUGAAUACCUGUAUGGUUUGGGGUUCGCUAAAUUGUGCUUGUGAUUUGAUGACUAAAGAUGGCUGCUUCCACAAAAUAUGGAUAAGCCAGAAAAUGCAUUGAAAAGAUUAUUUAUUUUUUACUUAUUUGUUAGUAUUACAUCACACAAAGUGGUUAUACAAUAUGUCAUCUUUAAUCUAAAAUAAUAAUAAAUGGGUGACAGUCCUUUAAGGUCACUCAUACUAUUACUUCAACUGUAUUGAUAUCAGAUUACUAUAUUGACACUAGCUCUGGGCUUUUAACUGUAUAUAACUUUAUACAAGUCCUAUGGCAUGCCAGGCAAGGAAUAUUCAUUACAGGUUGAGUACACGUGAAAUAACAUCAGAUAUUUAAUUUGCUCUGUUACUACGUUCCAUUCAUAUGUGAAACAUACUCCGAUCUAUUCACUAAACCAGAAGGUCUGGGAACUGCUAAGGAAACUGUAAAUUUAGCGAAUAAACCUCACUUUGUCCAAAACCGCUUACAAUGUUUCCAUUAAAGUAACGUGUACUCUUUUUUUUCCACCGACGUGUCUCCAGGAUGCAAUACUAAUUUUAGGUUAAAAUAGCCAACCUAAAUUUGUAACGCACUCUUUAACGAGUGGUUUUAUCUUUGUGUGUUUGCCCAAAUUCCAGAGACUUUAGAUGACUAUGGACUAUGUGACAUAUAAUGUUUUGAGUUCUAAAACAUAUAUGCAUAUAUCAUGGCCCUUCAUACAGGCAUACUUAUCCCUUUUGGAGACUUGAAAUUCUGUUAAUUCUCAGCAAUCGGCAAAUGCAUUUCACCACAAUACGUACUAAUACAGGCUGUUGCUCAUCAAUGCAGGAAGUGCGAAUGGAAUGCCAUUUAAAAAAAUAUAUAUAUAAAAUUGUUAAAUCCUUCUCCCUUUCUUUUUAUAUAGUAUUUUUAUAGUCAAGCAAAGGCAUGCACACCAACACAUACCUCCCAACAUUGGGAGUUAUGAACUCCGAACAUACCAGGUGGGCAAGAUUAAAUGGGCUUGACAUGACGACACGUGCAUCACUUAAGACCCAAAAUGGUCAGUCUUGUCUCGAUAUACAACAGGAAUGCAGGGCAGGCUUACUAACAGACGCCCACUCAGGGUAGACCUGGCACAGAGCACUGCUAAAGCAGUCGGUCCUAGUGCCCGUAGCACAUUACACCCGCUAGAGACAGUUAACCUGGAACAUAUUGUGAUAUUGAGACAGGACCUUGUUAUCGGGACAUUCCCGCCAAAUUCAAAACUGUUGGGAAGUAUGCCAAAGUUAUACUUGAAGAGCUAGCAAUAUUAGUGGGACAAACGAUUUGUUAAAUUGUGCUUGUUUUCCUACUUGGGCAACUGGUCAACCUUUUUAGGCAGUUAUUAGCAAUGCACGAUGCCCAUGUCUAACAACAUUUUUUAUCUUUUGUUUAAAUGCUUGGAAUCAAAAAUAGAAAAAAAAAAAAAGUCUGUAAAUAGAAUAUAGAUAUUAAUAGAAAUAAUAUUAACCCAAUGAGUUUGUAUAAGUCUGUUACAGUUACUCCUUUAGAAAUACUUUAUUGAAUGGAAAUUUAAACUUGGUUAAUGAAGGAAAAGCUGACGUAGAGUUGUAGGAAUCGUGUAAAUGGUGCAGAAUUUCAUUAAUCCUUUAAAGAGUAAACGAAUACAGACAUGAAUGGCAUACGGUGCAGAAUUAUUUAUUUAACCAAAAUUUUAUUCAUUUUUAUUUAUUUAUUUUAAAAUAAAGAUGGAGGAAUCGUUGAAGGAACUGGAUUCACUGGCAAAGGAAGUCCGUGAGCUGCAGAGGAAAUACGACCAUCUGAAUGCCGAACUUGAGGUAAUGACUAGGACCCAGGGUGGCCAACUGUCAUUGAACUACAACACCCAUGAACCUGCAGUGGCAGAGUCCGAGCCAGUGCCAAGGGACAUGGGCGCUGGACUGAUUUAAGUGACAGAAGAGGUUUUUGACCCUGCACCACGGGGAGGGUUGGGAGCAUCAUAGGAAGUGAUAGUGCCGGGAACACAACUUUGUUUUACAGGCGCUAUAGUUUCCCUUUAACUAAAGUCAGCUGAUACCCAGCAUAAAAAAAAUUAAAAAAACAACUAAACUGUACUGUGGGAAAUGGCAAGCAGAGAGCUGCUGCUCACUCUUAGAAUAAGGAUACUUAUCAGUCCCUCUCCACAAUAAAUAGGGAAGGGAAAAAAAAACAACAUCACUACACUACUUGUACAAGUAAAACAAUAUCUUGUUCUAGGGGUGUCCUAGCGGCACCCAUUCUGUGCUUUGUUUGCUUCACAAUGUACUUUUCAUGUUUAAGUCUACCAAUGCAUACCGGUGGUACCACGCUCUCCCAAUGUGUUUAGAUUCAUGGCUUUGUGCAUUCCAUCUCAUUUUUUCUUGUGACUCUUUUUCAUUCUCCCUUCUCUCCUCCCUCCGCUUUACCAGUUUUUUCCUGACCAUGUGAGCUCAUGGGAUAUUACCUGUUUAUAUGCUUUAACGAUCUUAUUUUGAACAGAGCGUACUUUGUCAUGAUCUAGGUGUACAGAUGUAUCCGCUAUGUUUUCUUUGAGUUCCAAUAGCUGGUUGUAUGGCAGUCUGUCAUGGGCUGAGCCUGCCUGGCCUCGUGGCAGUGUAUAUAAACUAGAUGCAAUUGAAGGAGAUGCAAGCAAUAUCCCAGCACAUGCAGUCACAUAGAAUGUGAUGAAAUACCUUGAUCACUACAUUUCCCGGCCACAGUUAGAGUAGAAGAGAACUGGUUCACCCUACAAUAACCAUACGUCAGAUUUUUCUUUAGACUAGCCUUGGCUAAACUACCACGUUUAGUCUAUAACUCGUGCUGUCUUUUGCAGGAGACAAACAAACGACACCAGGAAAUUGUUUCGAUUUACAGAACUCACCUGCUCAACGCUGCUCAGGUAAGGACAUCUAUACGAGUGACUGAAACGGGCAUUCAUCCGGUUAAAAACCAGAUAUGCAGAAUGAAAAAGAGGAGAAAGAUACGGAUUAAUAAAAAUAGCCCUCAUAAAUGGGAUUACAGUCCAGAAUCCAUUGGAGCACAUUCAGGUUACAGUUAACUGUAAUGAAUUGAAACAAACUAGCAUUUAGGCAAAAACUAACAAAUUGGAAAAAAAAUCUACGAGCCAGCUGCAGUCUCAGCUUGACUAUAUUUCCCAAAAGUUCACUACAAUUCAUUGUUUAACUUAAAAGGGACACUAUAGGCACCAGAACAACUACAGCUUUAUGAAGUAUUCCUGGUGUCACCUGUGCUUUAGGUUUUUCAAUGUGAACGCUGCCUUUUUUAGAUAAAAGACAAUGUUUACAUUACUGCCUAGUAACACCUAUAUUGGCAGUCACUCAGACGACCAUUAAAGGUGAUUCAUGCAGCACUGACGUUCAGUGUCUCCACCACCUGUAUGGAGGCGCUGAACGUUCCUUAUAGAUAUGCAUCUCUAUGGGGAGAUGCUGUUUGGUUCAACGCUGUGUGAUGGAUUGGCUGAGAUGAUCAAUUAUGAUUAUCUCAGCCAAGGAGGUGGAGUCGAGCCUGCGGAGUUGUGAGGCGCUAGAAUAAAAGAGAGUUUUAACUUUUUUAUCACUUAUAGCUAUAAAUACCAGCAAAAAAUAAACAAAUUAAAUCACCGGUAAGAUCUCAGAUAGAGUAUUGUGUUCAGUUCUAUAGAGCAGAUCUCCAGGAGGAUAUAGAGAGGUAGUGAUAGUACUUUAUAGAUCCCUAGUAAGAUCUCACCUAGAGUAUUGUGUUCAGUUUUAUAGAGCAGAUCUCCAGGAGGAUAUAGAGAGGUAGUGAUAGUACUUUAUAGAUCCCUGGUAAGAUCUCACCUAGAGUAUUGUGUUCAGUUCUAUAGGGCAGAUCUCCAGGAGGAUAUAGAGAGGUAGUGAUAGUACUUUAUAGAUCCCUGGUAAGAUCUCACCUAGAGUAUUGUGUUCAGUUCUAUAGAGCAGAUCUCCAGGAGGAUAUAGAGAGGUAGUGAUAGUACUUUAUAGAUCCCUGGUAAGAUCUCUCCCAGAAUACGGCUAUGUGUAAAAUUCACUCCUGUAACUUACUGAUUUUGCAAUCUAUUGUAUGUAAACCUGUUGAAAGGCUUUUCAAAUGCUUUCGUUUCUGCUUAACAGGGCUUAAUGGAUGAAGAUGUCCAUCUUACAUUGCAUUGGAUACUGAAGAUGCAAAGUGAUGUUGUUUACUAAAUUGAGUUGGUGGCCAAGUAUAUAAAAUGGGACAUGUGCCUAAAACUGAAAGCUGUAUUAAUGGAGAUAUGCCCAGUACUAAACAAAUGCUGCAUUUGGUGCCAAUUUAAAUGUCUGUAAAAAAAAGAGAGAGUCAUUAAAAAUAAGAAACACGUUACCCUAUCCCUAAAAUAGGACAGAAUCCCAUUAUUUACACCUUUCAUGGCCAAUAGACUGAGAAACUACUGUCUCCAUUGCCAGUCAAACACAGGCAUUAUUUUGCUUAUUCGGUAAUAUUAUAUUUAUUAACUAAGUGGAAUGUUUAGUUACAUCAAAUUGAAUUUGUCUAAACAUGAAGUUUAAAGUGCACUGUUGCAGGUGCUGUCAAAAUGCCAAAAAUGCGUUUGACAUUAACAGGGCGUGUGAAAUAUGUAACCGUAGCUGAAUAAUAAAAUAAGAAUUUGAGUGCAACUUCCAGAUCACUAGCUAAAAAUAGAAUUUUUAUUUUAUGUUAUUUUAGAACGCACCUGGAGACUAAACUCAGGCCUCAGUGAUGUCAUUAUUCUGUGACAAAAAAGCAAUAUAAUUGUUAUGUCUUCACUGUGUCCCAGGGAAUGUGACAAUACCACGAGCGAUUUUAAUAGUUUUGUAUUUUUUACUACCAAAUUUAUCAAAGAAAUAAGACUUAUCAGCACUAAUUCCCUGCUGCUCUGAUUAGUGAAUAUAUGCAGUAUAUUUAUUCAGAUUUUAAAUUUUUACCAAUAUGAGUUAAUUUCCAAUACUGACCUUAUGGUUAAUAAUAUAGCCCCACGUCUAUGUAUUUAGCCUAUUCUGUACAGAGUGCUUCUCCUGUGUAAAUAGUCUGUUAGCUCAUGAAAAGCACAGUAGUAUUACGUAGUAGUUUCCACGCAGCAAGGCAAUACGUUCUUAAUAGGGCACUGCAUUUUGGUGACAUCAGAAUAGAAUAUUUUUCCAGCCAUGAGAAACUGCCAUUUGCAAUUUUGCACAUUGAGCUCCCCUUAGACUCUUUGCUAAAAACCCCACUUUAUUAUAGUAAGGGCUAACAGAAACACACCUUUUAAUCCUUUAAAAAUGGCAUGAUUUAUAAACAGUACUGUACUGAUGACGUGUGUUUUUUUUUUUUUUUUUAAAGCAUAGCCAUUAUAGCAUUGCUCAAUUAAUGCACAGCAUUAUGAAAUUACAUUUUCAUGGGAAAACUAUUCAUGAACACCCAGAGAAAAAGGUGCAGACAUAACUAAUUCAAAGCGCUGAAAAGCUAUUUAAAGCUGUGCUUUACGGAUUGCGAUCAGUGACGGUUUUACAUCCUGGAAAGUAAGUGUGUGAGGUCAUUAAUAAAACGCUGUUUUAGACAGGAUUCAUUGCCCCGUCAUCUAAAAAAAAAAUCAAUGCCUUCACUCGCCAAAAUAUGUCAGAUCCUGUUUUAUAGUGCAGCACAACGUUAUUUUUUGUUCUGAGGCUCUCUCGUUUUAUAAAUAUACAUCUGCUUCACACAUCCGUAUAAAAGAGAAGUUCUAAAAAUCAGCCAGGAAAUUCUAUUGAAUGUUUACAUAAAAAACAGCAGACUACAGACAAAUAAAAAUACCACGAAGAAGAAAUUCUAAUAAAAAUUCAGAUCUCUUCUUCUAAACAAUAUAUUUUUGGAAGCUUUCAAAAUUAAAACUCUGAAUAUCCACCACCACCACCACAAUCAUCCUCCAUUUUGUUUCUGUGGCCUUACCUUACCAUGAACUGAAAACCUCAGCCCAAGUGUGCAAGUUAAGCUGCAAAAUAUACCUUCCAUUUUGAAGCUGGUAUAUACUUACUAAAACCAGUGUUUACUGGUAAACGUACUUUUUAGCCUUUGUUAAUUCUCAGUAAUCGCUACUGUGGAGCAUAUCUUAGAAUGCAAAUGAACUUGGAGGAUUUUUUGUAUAUGUGUGAAAUAAUAGACCCUUUCAACGCAAACUCUACUGUGGGGUCUCGAUGUAUUGACUCUGAAAAUACAUUAAAACAACUUGUUCAUCUGCCAGAACACCCAGUUCAGUAGCCAAAGCUGGGAGCUCAGUGAUUAAUUCACCAACUGUCCUAUUUUACUGGAAUUCCAAGAGCUAUACACAAACAUGCAGAUGAACAGCACAAUCCCAUUUAAACAGUUACUAAUUAUACCUGCUAAAAGGCAGUAAUGACUAAUCUUGGCUCCCACAGAUGUUUGCAAACUACAUUUUCCAUGAUGCUCCAUGGCUGAAAACAAAGUGCGUGGGGUGGCAAAGUUUGGCCAUUACAGGUCUAGGGAAUGAUUGUGUUUUGUUUGUAUUUAUAGUUGAAUAAGUUAAAUAUAUUUUUUAUUGUACGAAUUUUUAAAAGAAAAUGUCAGAUGCUUACAGUAAAUGAGAAUUGUAUUUUUUAUUUAUAUAUACAUAUAUUAUUUUUUUUGUAGUGGGCGUUAUAUUUUGAGCAGAGGUCAAACCGCAAACUUUGUGUCAAUUCAGAAGGGUUUAGAAUAACCCAACGGCUGUGUAUUAUACUAAAAAUUGUGCUGUUUGCAUAUAUUUUUCAUUCAAUAAAAUUAUUCUUAUUCAAAUGACUGCCUAGUUUUUUUGACCUACACAUUCAUCAGGGGACAAUCAUGCUGUAAGUUGUUACGACACUAUGAGAAACAUCGCCUGGAGGAAUUACAGUCUAGGAGUGUAAUGGGUGACCCUGUCCCAAGGAGUUUAGAAUCUAGUGGUUUAAUGUAAGAUCCUGUUCUAAGAAGCUUACGGUCUACUGCUAUAAUGAGAGGCCUUGCACCAAAAUCUGAUAAAGAGCUGUAUGUUCACAGUGAAUUUUAAGAUUAGCUACAAUGGUGUAAAUACCAUCACUAUUACAAUAACGUUUUGUUGACUCAAAGAUCUUAAUAUAAAAUCCUGCCAGCAGUAACAACAUCACACAUUGCUAAUAUAAACUGUUUUCCUGAAUGUAAACAUUGGUGCAGGUUUGUUGAACGAGCACUAGGCCGCUAUCUUCUCUUUCCACAAAUUGUGCCUACCCUUUCAUUUUCUGCUUUGUUUAUUGCAAUCAAAACAGUAUUUUAAUAAAACACAGUUUUAUGUUUGGAGUAAACCUGCCGGCAUUGUCCACCCCCCAUCCUUCACAGCCAUUGUACCAGUGUUUUCCUAUGGGGAAGCUUGGAUGUGUGCACUCACUGCGCAUGCACAUUGGGCCCCCAAUGCUCCCCAACGAGGCUGCACUAAGUUGUGUCAAAAAUUGAGGUGGCCAUGGUGUAGUGGUAGGCAGAGAAGUAAGCAGUGCUGAGGGGGACAAGGCAUUGGAAAAAGGUAAAAGUAAAUAAUGUAUACGAUUAAUUUCUAUGGCACACAUGGGGGAGACAGGAGCACCUAUCCAACUACGAACGGAAAAACGAAAGCAUUGAGAAUACAAAUUUGUACUCCAAAUGCUUUAAAGUCCCUUUAAGUCAAGAUAUCUGAGUUAGAAAGGAAAUCGUGAUUAUACACACACACACAACCAACUCCCCCAUGUGGCUAUUUUGGGAACCUAUAGAAAUGUGACAAGUUCUGAAAAUCUGACGCAUUCACACAUAUUGCUUAGCAUUCUGGGUGUGUACUGACUGGGAGUUCUGUAUAUUGCAACGUUUUAAAUAUACACUCUGUACGACUACCUCCAUUUAUCAGUGGGUUUGUAGGGGGCAUGGACUUUUUAUUUUUACUGUGGUUGGUUUUGUUUAUAUCAUUGCCAUGUGACAAUACACACUUUUCCAAGAAUCUCUAAUUAAACGUGCGUUAUAUUAAUUGCAAUGUCAGAUUGGAUUGCCAUUUAGCCAAUAUUAACAUAUAUCUGACUAUUGGGCCUCUCAUAUCCUAUGGACUAUGAAUACAGGAGAGUGACAGCCACAACCCCCUCUGCUCACUACUGCCCAACUCCCACAAUGCUUUGCCACACCCCAGGCAGUCGUUUCCAUGGUGAUGCUGGGGAGGAGCCAGGGGACUUAUUGUUGGCUGAGGUUAGGGACUGUCUGCAAAAAGCAAACUCGAAAGGAAAAUGUAGAUAUUGUCUUAUGUGUGCAGUGCAGGGCAGAGGGGAUACACUGAGCAGAGGCAGGAUAGGUAUAAUGGUUACAGUGCCGGGUAUAAUGGUUACACUGCCGGGUAUAAUGGAUACAGUGCCGGGUAUAAUGGUUACAGGGCCGGGUAUAAUGGUUACAGGGCCGGGUAUAAUGGAUACAGUGCCGGGUAUAAUGGAUACAGUGCCGGGUAUAAUGGUUACAGGGCCGGGUAUAAUGGAUACAGUGCCGGGUAUAAUGGAUACACUGCCGGGUAUAAUGGAUACACUGCCGGGUAUAAUGGUUACACUGCCGGGUAUAAUGGAUACAGGGCCAGGUAUAAUGGUUACACUGCCGGGUAUAAUGGAUACAGUGCCGGGUAUAAUGGAUACAGUGCCGGGUAUAAUGGAUACAGUGCCGGGUAUAAUGGAUACAGUGCCGGGUAUAAUGGAUACAGUGCCAGGUAUAAUGCUUACAGUGCCAGGUAUAAUGCUUACAGUGCCAGGUAUAAUGGAUACAGUGCCGGGUAUAAUGGAUACACUGCCGGGUAUAAUGGAUACACUGCCGGGUAUAAUGGUCACACUGCCGGGUAUAAUGGUCACACUGCCGGGUAUAAUGGUCACAGUGUCAGGUAUAAUGGUUACAGUGCCAGGUAUAAUGGUUACAGUGUGAGGUAUAAUGGAUACAGUGCCGGGUAUAAUGGAUACAGUGCCCGGUAUAAUGGAUACAGUGUGAGGUAUAAUGGUUACAGUGCCGGGUAUAAUGGAUACAGUGCCAGGUAUAAUGAUCACAGUGUCAGGUAUAAUGGAUACAGUGUGAGGUAUAAUGGUUACAGUGCCGGGUAUAAUGGUUACAGGGCCAGGUAUAAUGGAUACAGGGCCAGGUAUAAUGGAUACAGGGCCAGGUAUAAUGGAUACAGGGCCAGGUAUAAUGGAUACAGGGCCAGGUAUAAUGGAUACAGGGCCAGGUAUAAUGGAUACAGGGCCAGGUAUAAUGGAUACAGUACCAGGUAUAAUGGUUACACUGCCGGGUAUAAUGGAUACAGUGCCAGGUAUAAUGGAUACAGUGCCAGGUAUAAUGGAUACAGUGCCAGGUAUAAUGGUUACAGUGCCGGGUAUAAUGGAUACAGUGUCAGGCGUAAUGGAUACAGUGCCAGGCGUAAUGGUUACAGUGCCGGGUAUAAUGGAUACACUGGUAUAAUGGAUACAGUGUCAGGUAUAAUGGAUACACUGCCGGGUAUAAUGGAUACACUGCCGGGUAUAAUGGAUACACUGCCGGGUAUAAUGGAUACAGUGCCAGGUAUAAUGCUUACAGUGCCAGGUAUAAUGGAUACAGUGCCAGGUAUAAUGGAUACAGUGCCAGGUAUAAUGGUCACACUGCCGGGUAUAAUGGUCACACUGCCAGGUAUAAUGGUUACAGUGCCAGGUAUAAUGGUUACAGUGCCAGGUAUAAUGGUUACAGUGCCAGGUAUAAUGGUUACAGUGUGAGGUAUAAUGGAUACAGUGCCCGGUAUAAUGAUCACAGUGUCAGGUAUAAUGGAUACAGUGUGAGGUAUAAUGGUUACAGUGCCGGGUAUAAUGGAUACAGUGCCAGGUAUAAUGAUCACAGUGUCAGGUAUAAUGGAUACAGUGUGAGGUAUAAUGGUUACAGUGCCGGGUAUAAUGGAUACAGUGCCAGGUAUAAUGAUCACAGUGUCAGGUAUAAUGGUUACAGUGCCAGGUAUAAUGGAUACAGUGCCAGGUAUAAUGGAUACAGUGUGAGGUAUGAUGGUUACGUACCAGGUAUAAUGGAUACAGUGCCAGGUAUAAUGGAUACAGUGCCAGGUAUAAUGGAUACAGUGCCAGGCACAGGUAGUUUCAAUGAAUACACCGUGCAAAGGAAGGAUAGGUAUAAUGGUUGCAGUGCCAGGCACAGGUAGAUACAAUUAUUAUUAUUGUUAUUUAUAUGGUGCCAUCACAUUCCGUAGUGUUGUACAAUGGGUGGACUAACAGACAUGUAAUUGUAACCAGACAACAUAGGGGUUGAGGGCCCUGCUCCAUGAGCUUACAUUGUAGAGAGAGUGGGGUAUUGUGACACAGAGGGUAAUAGUAGGGGUAUGAAAUACAUAGUUAGAAAAGUAUUCAUUGAGGGCUUAGUAGGUCAUUUUUGACAGUUGCAGGAGGGGAGUCAUGGAAGGUGGGGGAUAAAAACCUGCUAACAGUUUAAAGGGAAACUCCAGAAAACAAUCAGUUUUCCUGGCACUGCAGGUCCCCUCUCCCUCCCACCUCCCAGUCCCCGAUUGCUGGAGGGGUGAAAACCCCUUCAGGUCACUUACCUGAGACCCCACCGAUGUCCCUCAGCGGUGGUUUCUGUUCACCGCCGCUCCUCCCCAUCAUUACGUCAGUCGGUGGGCGAGACUGAUCCUGCCCACCGGCCGGGGAGACCUAAUGUGCAUACGUGGCAAUGCCGUGCAUGCGCAUUAGAGCUCCCCAUAGGAAAUGAUUAAAGAUGCUUUCAUAUGGGGAAUUGAGUGACACUGGAGUUCCUCACACAGUGACGCUCUAGCACAGGUUUUCUGUGCUAUAGAGCAGGAAGUGCCCUCUAGUGGCUGUCUAGUAGACAGCCACUAGAGGUGGAGUUAACCCUGCAAGGUAAUUAUUGCAGUUUAUGGGCAGACUAGAUGGGCCGAAUGGUUCUUAUCUGCCGUCACAUUCUAUGUUUCUAUGUAAUUACAGUUGCAGGGUUAAGUGUAGUGGGAGUUCACACUCAGACCACUCCAAUGGGCAGAAGUGGUCUGGUUACCUGGAGUGUCCCUUUAAUUGAUAUGCUUUCUUGAAGAAGUGAGUUUUCAAUGAUUUUUUGAAUGAGUGGAGACUAGGUGAAAGUCUUAAAUAGAAGAGAAGGGGUGCAGCCCUGGAAAAGUCUUGGAGGCGAGCAUUAGAGGUGGGAGUACGGACAGAGGAUAUACGUGGGUCUUUGGCAGAGCGUAGGGGCCUCAACAGGACAUACUUGUAUAUUAUGGAGGAUAGGUAGGUUGGAGCAGCAUUAUGUAGGGAAUUGUAAGCAAGCACCAGAAUUUUAAAUUGAGCCCUAUAUCUAACUGGAAGCCAAUGUAGGGACUGACAGAGGAGGAGGAGUGGGAGGUUCGGGCAAACUGAAAAAUGAGCCUCACCGCCCCGUAGCGGAGUAGUAGUUUUAUCCAUGGUAUCUCCGCUGGUAGACAGGAUGAAGCAGGUACAAAGUAGGCAAAAUGCAGGUAGCAUUCUCCCAAGAACUAGACAACACAUAGCUUGGAGGUCAACUGAGGUUUUAAUCACAGGUCACAGUAUAUAUGCGGUUACAAAUGUAAGGGGUUUCCCAAAUCACAUAAGAGGGGUUGUUCAGUAGUGGACUACAUGGGGGACUGAGCUUACAGUCUGAUUACCCAGCACACACUGCUAUACCAGAGAAAUAAUUACGUUAUUAACAGGCACAGUUAAAAGUAACAUUUUACAUUAAAUUCGCUAACUUUGGCAAUUCCCCACAUAUUUUACCGAAUGACCCCUCAUUAGAUUGCAGGGAUCGGUCGGUACAAUCUACCGAAGUACCGCUCUGAUCCCUGCAGAAACAACCGAAUGCUGCUCGCAAGUAACAUUUACCCGAACGGGGUUUUAGCAGAGAAAACUCACGAAUGGUUUUAUUUUCCGGAAGGAGAGAGGAGUUUCCCGACCGCUAUGGAAGUCCAGCGGUGUUUGGAAAUCAAAUAGCCGAUUUUGGUUCCAGGCACUCGACGACCAAACACCGCUGAACUCUUACAAAGCAAAGAUGGCCGCCGCCAUGUGUUCGUUACAGGAAUGGUGGCCACACACAGAACGCUCAUUAACAGAUGGAUACAGUGUUUCGGUUUUACUAACGAGUGGCACACGACUUUCUGGGGUGGUUUCCCAUUCGGUAUUUUGGUUCGUUUCACGAACAGGGUUUGAAUCCACUGUUCGUGAAACUUGCAACAGCGUGUUAGCGGUAUUCAUGUGCUGUAACGCACGAAUGCAUAUGAACAUUAGGUGAAAAUCUUUGCAUACGGAUAAAUAUAACAGGGGUUAAGUGGCUCACGAAUAGAGACACAAUAGAAACAAACAUCAGGCAUAUAUAUACAUAAUACUCUGUAAGUGGCUAGGUUUGCCACAGCCCCAUUCAUUAUAGAUUGCAGCGGUGCAAUCUGGGAACACGUAAGACCACUGAGAAGAGUAUUGCAGUAGUCCAGGCGAGAGAGAACAAGAGCAUGGACCAGCACCUUAGCUACAUCCGGGGUUAAAUAGGGGCGAAUGCGCACUAUGUUUUUGAGAUGGAUGCUACAGGAUUUGACGAUUGAUUAGAUAGGAGGGGUGAAGGAGAGUUUGGAGUCAAAAAGAACACCGAGGCAGCAAGCCUUCAAGGUAGAGGUGAUGGUAGCGCCAUUGACUUGGAGGGAGACAGACACAGGAGUAGUAACACUUGAGGGAGGAAAGACCAGAAGUUCUGUUUUGGACAGGCUGAGUUUAAUGAAGUGAGCAGCCAUCCAGCUGGAGAUUGAAGAGAGGCAGUCAGAGACACGAGUCAAGAUGGGCGAGAGAGAUCAGGAGAGGACAGGUAGAUUUGCGUGUCAUCCACAUAGAAAUGAUAACGGAAGCCAAAAGGAGCUGAUAAGUUUACCAAGGGAGUCAGUAUAGUUAGAGAACAGUAGGGGACCAAGUACAGAACCUUGGGGGACGCCGACAGAGUGGUUGGGGGGGGAGGUGGAAGAGGCAGAGUCAGAGAAAGAAACACUGAAAGAGCGCUGGGAGAGGUAGAAGGAGCACCAGGAGAGAGCAGUAUCUCGUAGACCAAAAUUACGGAGAAUGCGGAGAAGCUGUUGAUGAUCAACAGUGUCAAAGGCAGCAGAAAGAUCAAGGAGAAUUAUGAUAGAGUAGUGGCCGCGAGAUUUAGCAGCAAUUAAAUCCUUGGAUAGUUUGAUCACAGCCGUUUUGACAGAAUGACCAGUCUGGAAUCCAGACUGAAGGGGGUCAAUCAGAGAGUUGGAUUCAAGAAAAUCAGUAGCGUGAUAGGGCUGUAGUUGGAUGAGGAGUUGGGGUCAAGGCUGGGCUUUUUCAGAAUCAGGGUUACAGUUGCAUGUUUGAAGGGUGAGGGAAAUGUGCCAGAGGAAAGGGAGAGAUUGAAUAUUUUAGUGAGAGGAAGAGCAACAGAGGGAGACAAAGUGCGGAUGAGAUGCGAGGGAAUAGGAUCGAGGGAACAGGUGGUGGGGCGGGAGGACCGAAGCAGAGCAGAAACAUCUUCUGCUGGAGCAGGGGUGAAUGAGUAUAGAAUGGUGGAGGGAAUUAAUACACUGCGCAGGGGAAGGAUAGGUAUAAUGGUUACAGUGCCAGGUAUAAUGGUUACAGUGCCAGGCACAGGUAAUUACAAUGAAUACACUGUGCAGAGGAAGGAUAGGUAUCAAUGGUUACAGUGCCAGGUAAAAUGGUUACAGUGCCAGGUACAGGUAGUUGCAAUGAAUACAGUGCUAGGGGAUAUGGAGAUUACAUACGUGGCAAUGCAGUGCCAUGGGAAAAGGCUGGUCACAGGGCACGCAGUGCCAGAAGAGAGGAUGUCACAGGGCAAGCAGUGCCAGGGGAAAGUAAUGGCCAUAGUUCCUGCUGUGCCAGGGGAAAAGGCUGGUCACAAGGAAUGCAGUGCCAGGAUUAAGAGAUGCACACAAGGCAUGCAGUACCAGGGGAAAGUAAUGGUCAUAGUUCCUGCUGUGCCAGGGGAAAAGGCUGGUCACAGGGCAUGCUGUGCCAGGAUUAAGAGAUGCACACCAAGGCAUGCAGUGCCAGGGGAAUGAGCAGUUAUAAAACAUGCAGUGAAAAUGAUGGUCACAGGACAAGCAGUGCCAGGGGGAAAAGGUUGGUCAUGCAGUGCCAAGGGAAAGGGAUGGUUAGAGGGCAAGCAGUACCAGAGUAGGGCAGGUAUAAUGCAUGCAGUGUCAGGGGAGAGUGGUUGUAAGGAAUGUGAUGCCACUGGUGUAAUAAUGAUGCAUGUGGUUUCACAGGUGGGUGAUUACAGUGCCUAACAAUCCAAUUAGUCUUACUACCAAUUCCUAGCAUUUUGUUUAGAAUAGUUUUAACUGUAGUUACUUCUUGCAUAUCAUCAUCAUCCCCCUCUUUUAAUAUGUAGUGCCAUUUUACUACUUUAUUUUUAAUUUGGAUACUAUGGCCUAAAUUUGAAAUUCACUCUGAAUGCCUGACAAUUAACACUUUAUUAAAUAAGCCUGACAAAUUACUGAAAAAUAAUUUGCAACAAACAUAAAAAUAUGUCAGAAUCCCCAUUAGCCCAUUCCUUGUAGCGAAUGGGACAAAUUGGCUUGGAAAAGAUGGGAAUUAUAUUUAUUAUCUAAAAAUCUAAUUGUAGUCAACCGACAUCUGUUAUAUCCGAAUAUUAAUGAAUUACGGACACCAUUUCAUAGUUAAUAUUUUUAAAAAUGCAAUAAAUUGCAAAGUUAAGAGUAAGACAGCCACGCUGUGAGAUUAGUCAGGUUUGGAAGCGUUUCCAAGUCAGAUACUUUGCAAAUCACUUUUAAAUUCACCACAAUCCACGGCUUACUAUAGAAACCAAAACUAAUAUUGACAAUUUUCUCAAAUAAAGAUCAGAACAAGUAUUGUACAAAACAACUGCUUUUACACUACUUUUACCACUGCAGGAAAUAAAGCAUAAUAAUGCAAAACAUCCUAUUAAUCCUCCAUUAUAAUGCUCUCUGCAGUGCAACUUUAUCACAAUUAAAAUGGCAGUUUAUGUAAACAUUGUAUAUAGCAGUAUCACAUUAAAAUAUUCUGCACAUUGUACAAGUGGCCCUGACAGAAUUGACCACUAUGUUGGUUACCAUGUAAUUAUUUGAUUAUUUUGAGGGAUGAACCUGAUGACAAAAACUGAACUAUGCCUAGUAAAAUUAGGGUGUCUGAAGAUCAAGGGGAAUAUAGCUAUGUAAAACAUUGGAUUGAUAGACUUCUAGUAGAUUUAGAUGGUACCGACCUUUUGAGGCUGAAGAUCGGAGCACAAUCUCAGUCUUUCCAUCUAGAACUCAGGUGGGUAAUCAGGCCCAAAAGUUAAUCAAACAACCACCUGGUUUCAUCAGUAUGCUCUGUAUAGCACAGAAGGCGGCCUGCAUACAUACCUCCUUGGUGUCCCUAUUUAGGAGGGCAGUCCAUAUUUUGAGCAUAAAUCCCUUUGUCCCUCUUUUCUAGGAGUUUCCAUAUUGUUGGAGUGUCUGAGUAUAUAACAGAGCUCCACAGCAAUAAUACUCCCAGUAAUGUGUCUGAGUGUAUAACAGAGCUCCACAGCAAUAAUACUUCCCAGUAAUGUGUCUGAGUGUAUAACAGAGCUCCACAGCAAUAAUACUCCCAGUAAUGUGUCUGAGUGUAUAACAGAGCUCCACAGCAAUAAUACUCCAGUAAUGUGUCUGAGUGUAUACCAGAGCUCCACAGCAAUAAUACUCCCAGUAAUGUGUCUGAGUGUAUAACAGAGCUCCACAGCAAUAAUAAUUCCAGUAAUGUGUCUGAGUGUAUAACAGAGCUCCACAGCACACACUCCCAGUAAUGUGUCUGAGUGUAUAACAGAACCCACAGCAAUAAUACUCCCAGUAAUGUGUCUGAGGUAUAACAGAGCUCCAAAGCAAUAAUACUCCCAGUAAUGUGUCUGAGUGUAUAACAGAGCUCCACAGCAAUAAUAAUUCCAGUAAUGUGUCUGAGUGUAUAACAGAGCUCCACAGCAAUAAUACUCCCAGUAAUGUGUCUGAGUGUAUAACAGAGCCCUACAGCAAUAAUACUCCCAGUAAUGUGUCUGAGUGUAUAACAGAGCUCCACAGCAAUAAUACUCCCAGUAAUGUGUCUGAGUGUAUAACAGAGCCCACAGCAAUAAUACUCCUAGUAAUGUGUCUGAGUGUAUAACAGAGCUCCACAGCAAUAAUACUCCCAGUAAUGUGUCUGAGUGUAUAACAGAGCUCCACAGCAAUAAUACUCCCAGUAAUGUGUCUGAGUGUAUAACAGAGCUCCACAGCAAUAAUACUCCCAGUAAUGUGUCUGAGUGUAUAACAGAGCCCUACAGCAAUAAUACUCCCAGUAAUGUGUCUGAGUGUAUAACAGAGCUCCACAGCAAUAAUACUCCCAGUAAUGUGUCUGAGUGUAUAACAGAGCCCCACAGCAAUAAUAUUCCCAGUAAUGUGUCUGAGUGUAUAACAGAGCCCCACAGCAAUAAUACUCCCAGUAAUGUCUGAGUGUAUAACAGAGCUCCACAGUAAUAAUACUCCCAGCAAUGUGUCUGAGUGUAUAACAGAGCUCCACAACAAUAAUACUCCCAGUAAUGUGUCUGAGUGUAUAACAGAGCUCCACAGCACACACCCCAGUAAUGUGUCUGAGUGUGUAACAGAGCUCCACAGCACACACCCCAGUAAUGUGUCUGGAGGUGUAAAUGAGCCCACAGUAAUAAUACUCCCAGUAAUGUGUCUGAUUGUAUAACAGAGCUCCACAGCAAUAAUACUCCCAGUAAUGUAUCUGAGUGUAUAACAGAGCUCCACAGCAAUAAUACUCCCAGUAAUGUGUCUGAGUGUGUAACAGAGCUCCACAGUAAUAAUACUCCCAGUAAUGUGUCUGAGUGUAUAACAGAGCUCCACAGCAAUAAUACUCCCAGUAAUGUGUCUGAGUGUAACAGAGCCCCACAGCAAUAAUACUCCCAGUAAUGUGUCUGAGUGUAUAACAGAGCUCCACAGCGAUAAUACUCCCAGUAAUGUGUAUGUGUGUAUAACAGAGCUCCACAGCAAUAAUACUCCCAGUAAUGUGUCUGAGUGUGCAACAGAGCUCCACAGUAAUAAUACUCCCAGUAAUGUGUCUGAGUGUAUAACAGAGCUCCACAGCAAUAAUACUCCCAGUAAUGUGUCUGAGUGUGUAACAGAGCCCCACAGCAAUAAUACUCCCAGUAAUGUGUCUGAGUGUAUAACAGAGCUCUCCAGCAAUAAUACUCAGGGCCGUUUUAACGCUGGGGCAACGGGUAGCUGCCCCGGGCCCUGUCCCUGCUGGGGGGCCCGAGGUAACUGCCCUGUUUGCCCUCUGCCCGCAAACUAUGGGGGCCCAUCGGGUGGCCCAUGCACUUAGGGCCACCCGGUGGGACUGUGUCAGCAGGGGCCCGGUCGGGCGCUGUGCCGCUUUAACAGUGCGACCGGGUCCUUGCUUUUCGGCAGCAGUGGGAGGAAGUGACAGCCGUGCGUCACUUCCUCCCACAGAAACUGGAGCCGCGCGGGAGGAAGGCGGACCAGCUGUUCCGGAGGGGGCCAGGCCGGGAGCUUAACUCCCAGCCACCCCAGCCGGCCCACUGAACCCCAGGGAAGCCACCCUCCAGGAAAAGGUAAGAAACUGGAGGGUGGGUAUUAAAGUCUGUCAGUGUAUCUGUAUGUCUGGAUGUGUGUUUGUCUGUCAGUAUGUCUGUCUGUGUGCCAGUAUGUCUGUGUGAGUCUGUCAGUGUCUGUGUGUUUCAGUAUGGCUGUCUGUGAGUUUCAAAAUGUCUGUAUGUGUGUAUAUCUGUCAGUGUCUGUGUCUGUGUGCCAGAAUGUGUGUAUGUCUGUCAGUAUGUCUGUGUGUGAGUCUGUCAGUGUGGUUCUGUAUGUCUGUGUUUGUCAAUAUGUCUGUCAAUGUCUGUGUGUAUGUGUGUUUCAGUAUGUCCGUCUGUCUGUGUGUAUAUGUGCCAGUAUGUCUGUCAGUGUAUCAGGAUGUCUGUGUGUGUGAGAGUCCAUCAGUGUCUGUGUGGUUCAGUAUGUCUUUGUGUAUGUGUGUUUCAGUAUGGUUUUCUGUGUGUGAGUCUGUGUCAGUACGUCUGUCAGAAUGUGUCUCUGUAUCUGUAUGUUGUCCAUUUGUAUUUGUGUGUGUAUCUGUAUGUGUCAGUGUUUGUAUCUGUAUAUCUGCAUGUGUGUCAGGUUGUGUAUCUGUGUGUCUGUCUGUCAGUGUAUGUGUCGGUGUAUCUAUAAGUAGUCAGUGUGUGUACCUUUGUAUCUGCAUGUAUGUCAGUGUUUGUAUCUGUGUGUGUGUCUAUGUGUGUGUCAGUGUAUCUAUAUGUAGUCUGUGUGUAUCUGUAUGUUCUUGUGUGUAUCUAUAUGUGGUCAGUGUGUAUCUGCAUGUGUGUCAGGUAGUGUAUUUGUGUGUAUCUAGACGUAGUCAGGGGGCCCAAGUAAAUGCUCGCCCAGGGUCCAAUCUAAAUUAAAGACGGCCCUGAUAAUACUCCCAGUAAUGUGUCUGAGUGUGUAACAGAGCUCCACAGUAAUAAUACUCCCAGUAAUGUGUCUGAGUGUGUAACAGAGCUCCACAGCACUAAUACUCCCAGUAAUGUGUCUGAGUGUGUAACAGAGCUCCACAGUAAUAAUACUCCCAGUAAUGUGUCUGAGUGUGUAACAGAGCUCCACAGCAAUAAUACUCCCAGUAAUGUGUCUGAGUGUGUAACAGAGCUCACAGCAAUAAUACUCCCAGUAAUGUGUCUGAGUGUGUAACAGAGCUCCACAGCAAUAAUACUCCCAGUAAUGUGUCUGAGUGUGUAACAGAGCUCCACAGUAAUAAUACUCCCAGUAAUGUGUCUGAGUGUGUAACAGAGCUCCACAGUAAGAAUACUCCCAGUAAUGUGUUUUUAAAGGGAUUCUCCAGUGCCAGGAAAACAAACCCGUUUCUCUGGCACUAGAGAAUCCUGGAGUGCCCCCCUCCUGUCCCCCAUCUCAUAUUGCUGAAGGGGUUAAAACGAGGGACGUCGGCACUGGGUCUGGCUCUGCCCACGCAUCUCCCUCGCCGACGUCAGCCGGCGGGGGAGACCUAAUCACAUGUGCAGCAGUCGCGUUCGCAUUAGGAUUUCCCCAUAGGAAACCAUUAUUUAAUGCUUUCCUAUGGGGAUUCAGGAGAAGCUGGAAGUCCUCAUGCAUAGUGUCAGGAUGUCCAGCGUCAUUUAGAUGAUCAAAAGUCGUCAAACACCCGGAAGUCCCUCUAGUGGCUGAAGCACUUUCUUGGGCCACCUCGACCCUACCUCCAACCCCCACUCCCAGGCAUGCAAGCACGCAUUUCAUCCCAACGCAGUGGAGGAACUAAAGUAGAGAGGUGUAAGACAUACUUACACAUAUACACUGACAGUCAUACUGACACACACACAAAUAUACUGACACAUAUAUUCACUGACAAACAUACUGAUACACACAGACAUAUGGACACACAUACAGACACACACAUACACUAAGACAUACUGACACACACACACACACACACACACUGAGAGACAUACUGACACACAUUACCAAUUUACACUUUUAAACCAACCUCCUAUUUCUAACCUUGAAGGAUUCUUUCCCUGGUGUCCAGAGUGGUGGUUAAAGGCACCCAGGCCACUUCUGCCCAUUGGAGUGGUCUGGGUGCAAACUCCCACUACCCUUAGCCCUGCAACUGUUAAUAUUGCAGUUUUCAUAAACUGCAAUAAUUACCUUGCAGGGUUAAGCCCUCCUCUAGUGGCUGUCUAUCAGACGGACUUCCGUGUUCUUAGAACACGAAAAGUGUUUUAUACGAUGCUGGACGUUCUCAGGCUAUGUGAGGACCUCCAACGUUGCCGAAAUCCCCAUAGGAAAGCAUUGAAUAAUGCUUUCCAAUGGGGAGAUCUAAUGCGCGUACACGGCCAUUGCCGCGCAUUAGGUAUCCCCCGCCGGCUGAUGUUGAUGGGGGAGAAGAGUAGGUGGAGCCUGAACCAGCGCAGAGGGACAGCAACUUGGGAUAGGGGGUGGUAAUAAGAGGGGCACUACAGGGUCCUGCAGUGCCAGGAAAAUGAAUAUGUUUUCCUGGCACUGGAGAAUCCCUUUAAGGCUGUUAGGAGAUAGGGACUGGCUCUCCUGUCCCAACCCCCCUCCUCACCGCCUCCAUAGUCUCUCCUGUGUGGCUCUGUGUUUUCACUAGGACGAAGUGAGGCGCGGCUAUCACGUCCUCCCAGGUUGACAAAAAUAUGGGAUUGUGCUGUUAAAUGGCCAGAGCAUGCGACCGGACUCCUACUAAGGGCCACCUGUGGACCCCUCGGAGUAACUGGGCCCAGGGCAGCUGCCCCGUUUGCCCCGCCUUAAAGACGGCCCUAAGUGAAUGUGUGGUAGACAGCCACUAGAAGUUGAGUUAACCCUGAGAGGUAAUUAUUGCAGUUUCCUGGAAACUGCAAUAAUUACCACUGUAGGGUUAAGGGACAUAGAACAUUGCACCCACACCACUUCAAUGAGCUGAAGUGGUCUGUGUGCCUACAGUGUCCCUUUAACUGAAUCCUAUUCUAGAAUAAGACAUUUCUGACUGGAGCAUCUCCUGCUAUGGGAGGGAUGUGGAUGUAGUGCUCCACCAAGGGGCAUUUUCAAAGUUGAGUAGAUAUAUAUGUGUGCGCGUGUGUAGAUUUUUAUGUUCAAAUAUUAAUUAAUGGGUUAUCUAUAUAAUACAUUCAAAAAUAUUGGCAAAAAUAUUAAUGUUUCCAUUUUUUAACCAGAAAUACUGCUCAAUAAGAAGUCUCGAAAUCUACAGCAGAAAGCAGGUUGUUUAACUACAGUUCACUGCUCAGCCAGCUAUAAAGCGUUAGUUUAAUAUAAUGGUUGGCUUAGUCACUUCCCGGUUUAGUCAAUUGAUGUACUGCUAAGCCUGUGGUUUUCUAACAAAUGUUCAAACAUAAAUUUUAAGUUCUUUUUAAACAUUGUUUAAAAAAAAAUAUUUUGUACCCAAUCCCCACCACUUUCAGCUAAUAACCAUCAUUAAAGUGGAGCAUAAUUGGCAUUGAUAAUGCAGAAGUGUUAAUUCCGCAUGGUCAACAUAGCCAAGAUGGUGGCUGUCGAGGGCAAACCUUUCAAACCUUUCCUGAACAGUUUGACAUUAAAUCAAGGAAUGGCGCCAUAACAUUCACCAUAUACUUUAAAGCAAUAAUAUAAUGCAUUUAAAAUAAUAGGGCACCAUCAUGGUGGGUCAAGAAGCAUAACAUAGGGAGGGGUAUCUCUCCAUGACUUGUCCUUUUUCUAAUGAAAAUAUGCAUUUAGGCACGCCAUGUACCCACAAUUGAAUUGGAGUUAUUAUACCAAUUCAAUUGCGGGUCCUUCAGCCCGUUGAUUGUAAACUGUGUUGUAAUCGCUGUUAAUUUUAUGUUUGGGGGCUCUAUUCUGGUCCUGUGUAUUGUAUGUCCAAAGUUUCUGGAUAACAUUUCAAUAAACAGAGAAUUAUGAAAAAAAUAAAAAUAAUAGGACAUAUCGACUUAUGUAGUGCCAUUUAUUUCCCCAUUACAAAACUAUAUUUAGUCAGGUGUGAUUAGGAUCACUCUUCUUCCCCUUUAAAAGAACUAAGGAUUUUACAAAAAUACUGUUUUUGGUUAAAGUAACCCUUGUCCUGCCAGUUCCGUCCUCCAUAAAAAAAAUAAAAUAAUAAUAAUAAUUAAACGCGAAAACUCUCCAUCACCAAAGACAAGUUCUCAGAGCUAUCUUCAUCCAGUUGACGUCACCCUUGCUGGAAAGAUAGAGAAGUCACAAAGGACAGCCUGUGUGGCACGAGAUGGGUACGUGCUACCAUUGGCUCUCUGGCGCCAGCAUGCUGUGCUUCGUAGCAUCAGAUACCAAUUUGGCCCAGAAAUAAUAUUAGCCAUCCAGUACACUAAUUAGAGGCUGACUAAUGACACCUCUAUGAUGCUGCCAAAGGUGGAGUUACACUUUCAGCUGCCGAGGGUUUAAUCGCCAUAUAUGCAGCGUUUCACAGCGAAAUGUUACACAUGCAAACUCCAGGCACCAUGACCACUUUAAAUCAACAAAGUGGUCAUGGUGCAUUCAGUAACCCUUUAAUAAAUGUAAAUAAUAUCUGUAGAAACAGACUGUAAACUUGGCAAUAUAUCUUCUAAACUAUCUGCCCUGUCUCUAUUUAAUCUUCUUACUGUACAGCCAUUGUGUAUCUAUAUAAUAUUAGAUACAAACGUUACGCCACGUCUAUCCACCUCCUGUCUGCUCUGUUACACAUUUUACAGCUACUCUAUAUAUAUCAUACAACGAAUAAUGUAUAUAGUUAGAUAUGAACUGUACACCGGCAAUCUCGGCUCCCUCUGACUGAUUUACCAGUAUGUUAUCUGCUUCCUCUACAGAUAGUGCAUAUAAUUAUGGAUUAAACACCUAGCAAUCCACUGUCUAAAGCUAUCACACCUUCUGCCUCUACAGAUGCUGUAUAAAUGUAUAGAAUUCCAUUCGUACUCCUGGAAACAUUCUGGAUACAUAUAGGCACAUCGCUACCUCAUCACCCUUUAUGCCUAAAUUGCCACUAAAUACUGGAAAGGAAUUAAUCUAUUGUACAGCGCUACAGAAUAUGUUGGUGCUUUCUAAAUGUAAUACUAGCACUGGGUUGCAAGCUAUGUGGGUAUUUAAUUCAAUAAUGAGAUGAAAGACAUUGUCCUGAUGGAAAACCAGUCAAAGAAAAUGAAUAAACCAAAUAAUUAAAAAAAAAAGAUGAGUAUAAUAUUCCACUAUGUGGUGUGAUAGAGUUGGAGUCACACAGACAAUGCCUGUGCCGGCCACUAGGGGUGCUAGCAGCCAGCUCACUGCCUGUGUAUUUCCUGAUUCAGACCAGCUCUCCUAUAAAGUGAAAGUCGGCUUGGAUUGUGGAUUUUAAUGUAUUUUACCCCCUCUGGUCUCAUCUCUGCGCCUGGAUCUGCCCCUCAACACCCCUGGAGUUAACUCUUCAGCUGCUGAACCCAAUAGGAUUGUACUUUUUUUCCCCCAGCAAGGAUCUCCUUGUCCUUUUAAACCCCCUGCUCUGGGUAAGUACAAUACAUUAUAUCAAGUCCUCUUUUACCCCCUUCGACUGUUUCCUCUCCAAACCCAGACCCCCUGUCCCUCUACACCCCUUGGCAUGAACUUUCCUCAGGCAUUGGAGGACCCUGGAGCUCCCAGAGGCAGACAGCAUUAUUUAGCAUUGGGAUUGGGCUCGGAUCUUUAAAUUUUAGGCGGACUGCAUGAUGAAUUUGUAACAAAGACACCUCCCGGGGCUUGGUUUAACCAUCUGUUGCCCAGAGCCCAGCAAGAUUAACCCUCCCAUCAGCUGACCUCCAUGCUUGAUAAUCCAUUUAAACAGUACAAUGUCACCAAGAGAGCUACAGGGAAUUUAUAUUAUAAAUAAUAAUUUAUUGGGAAUAUAAUAGAUGUACAGUCAGCAAGGAAUUAAUAAUAAUGAUAAUAAUAAUAAAAAAAACAACAACAACUAUGUUACUACACAUGUAUAGGUUUAAUACAGCAGUUGCUUUUUGCAGACUAAAAUAUUUUUAAGUAAAAUACAUAAAAUCACAUGUAGGAUAAGCAGUGUUUAAUGUUAAUUAUUAGGGUUUGAUAAUAUACACAAUACCAGUUUAUUGUACUGCGCUGUGGAAUAUGUUGGUGCUUUUUAAAUAUUAAGCGAAUAAUGUACUUUGAUCACACUGACAAACAUUGAACUGUUAAUGUUUCUGAGAUUCUAAAAUAGAUCUUUCUUGGUUGGCUCACUAAUUCAUAUAGAAUUUGCAAACACAGUAGUGUCACCGUGUUGUAAUGUGUGUGAAAUGAGUAAUGUUUGCUAUUGAUGAAGUUAUCAUGUGCUGUCAUCAUGUCACAUGUUUCCAGGUGCCUGCAAGCUUCCCUUCUGUGCCAACCUGAAUACCCAGGUGCCCACCCACUAAUCAGAAUUUCUUAUAUUGUUAUUUGUAUGGCAAAGGCCAGUGUCCUAAUCCCACCCUGAAAUCGAAAUAAUGUGUAGGGCCUCAACCUUGCUAGACAAGGGAAAUGGCUGAUGUCCUUAUUCAACCCCGAGGAAAGCAUAAAAUGUUGGCCUUAGACAGCAUCCUCAUUCCAUUCCUGGCGGACGAAAUGCCAGUGUUUUCAUGGGCACUGCAGCUGCUUUCGUGUCCAGGAUAGAGCAGUGCCACUCUAGACCAGGGAUUGGUUCUGCCACGAAGAACAGGAGACAAAACUGGAAUUCUGGUGCCACAUAUGAUGAGGCAAGACUUGCAUGUCAGUGGCACACACAAAAUGGGACAAGGCUGGGAUCCAGGUGUCAUAAAAAAUGGUAGCCAAAACCAUUGAUCUGCUGGCACACUCAAUAAGGAUUGCCCGUCUCCUUGGGUCACACUGUAUGGAAUGAAAGGCUUGGUGUCUCCAGACAAAAAGCAAAAUGAAAAGUGGACGGUAGGCACUCGUAUAACUCUCUGUGGCAGGGACGGGUCACAGGGCAGUGUUUUUUGUGUUUAAAGCUAAAAAGGAAAAAGCUGGCGCUAUAUAAAUACCAAUAAUAAAAGAGUUGCAGUUCAGGUUUAUUUUGAAAACUAUAAAGCAAACUGUAAGGAUAACUUAUAAAAAGAUGCUAAAAGUUGAACACCACUUCAUUAAUGGUUUUUUUUUUUUUUUUUUGUGAACAAACUGUGUACAACUUUCAGGGAGAGAGCUAAUAGCUGGACUUCAGGUACAUUACAUUAAUCGUUGCUGGGCAGUCUCGCAGAUAAUGGAGUUCUAUGUUAUAACAUCACAUAUGGUUGUGUUAUCAAAGCAAACCGUAAAACCCCCAAGACAGAAACUUUACCAAAUCUCACUUAAAUGUCACAGCUACGACCUACCACCCCCCACCCCCCCCUGUUGGAUGUCCUACAGUAAUGUGAGAACACCCAAAGUCUACUACACAAGAACAAUGGCCAAAUCGCAAAGUAAAACCUCAUACACAUAGAGUUUAAUCCAUUUACCUAGCCUAGUGGUGCACUACACGCACAGUAAUACCCGCACACACACACUAAAUGUUGCACAGUAAUACCUGCACACACACUACACGCACAGUAAUACCCACACACACACUACACACACACAGUAAUACCUGCACACACACUACACUCACAGUAAUACCCGCACCCACACUACAGGCACAGUAAUACCCGCACACACACUACACACACACAGUAAUACCUGCACACACACUACACUCACAGUAAUACCCGCACCCACACUACAGACACAGUAAUACCCGCACACACACUACACGCACAGUAAUACCGCACACACUACACGCACAGUAGUACCCUCACACACUACACGCACAGUAGUACCCUCACACACUACACGCACAGUAAUACCCGCAUACACAGAGACAGGCUAGUAGUAGCCCAGCACUCCCAUACCUGGAGACAGGCUAUAAGUAGCUCCGCACUCCCUUACUCAGAUACAGGAGAGUAAUUGCCCCGCACUCCCAUCCCGAUAGACAGGCUAGUAAUAGCCCCGUGCUCCCACCCCCUCAGACUGGCUAGUAAUAGCCCCGUGCUCCCACCCCCUCAGACCAGCUAGUAAUAGCCCCGUGCUCCCACCCCCUCAGACUGGCUAGUAAUAGCCCCGUGCUCCCACCCCCUCAGACCGGCUAGUAAUAGCCCCGUGCUCCCACCCCCUGGCUGGUAAUAGCCCCACAGUCUGGCUGGUAAUAGCCCCACAGUCUGGCUGUAGUAGCCCCAGUCUGGCUGGUAAUAGCCCCCACAGUCUGGCUGGUAGUAGCCCCACAGUCUGGCUGGUAGUAGCCCCGUGCUCCCACCCCCACAGACUGGCUAGUAAUAGCCCCGUGCUCCCACCCCCACAGACUGGCUAGUAAUAGCCCCGUGCUCCCACCCCCACAGACUGGCUAGUAAUAGCCCCGUGCUCCCACCCCCACAGACUGGCUAGUAAUAGCCCCCACAGACUGGCUAGUAAUAGCCCCACAGACUGGCUAGUAAUAGCCCCCACAGACUGGCUGGUAAUAGCCCCACAGACUGGCUGGUAAUAGCCCCCACAGACUGGCUGGUAAUAGCCCCACAGUCUGGCUGGUAAUAGCCCCACAGUCUGGCUGGUAAUAGCCCCACAGUCUGGCUGGUAAUAGCCCCACAGUCUGGCUGGUAAUAGCCCACAGACUGGCUGGUAAUAGCCCCCCCACAGACUGGCUGGUAAUAGCCCCACAGUCUGGCUAGCAGUAGCCCCCACAGUCUGGCUGGUAAUAGCCCCCACAGACUGGCUGGUAAUAGCCCCCACAGUCUGGCUGGUAAUAGCCCCCACAGACUGGCUAGUAAUAGCCCCACAGACUGGCUGGUAAUAGCCCCACAGUCUGGCUGGUAAUAGCCCCACAGUCUGGCUGGUAAUAGCCCCACAGACUGGCUAGCAGUAGCCCCCCCGUGCUCCCAGUAGCCCCGUGCUCAGUGUCAGCCCGCAGUCAGUGUGUAAUGUCAGUGUGGGUAGCCGGCCUCUCCCUCCGCUCCCAGCCGGGAUGGCUCUUUCUCCCCGGUCCCUGGCUCUCCUGUCUCCGAGCCAUGUCUCAAGAUGGCGGAGCUGGCCGAGCUCAAGGUACCGGGGAGAGCAGCGGGCAUCGCGGCGAGACUAUGCGGGGCACAGUAAGGGCUAACACGGGCAGGAGGGCGGGAGAGCACCGGGGAUCUGACUGCGGCCUAUCGGAGACAAUAACCUGACAGUCACCGGGCUGGGGCCAGCACACAGCACCAAUCAUCAUAAUAAAUAAUCAUAAAUAAUUAAUAAUAAUAAUAAUAAAUAACAGAGCACCCUGACUGACCCCACCAAUAAUAAUAAUCAUAAUAAUAAUAAUAAAUAACAGAGCACCCUGACUGACCCCACCAAUAAUAAUAAUCAUAAUAAUAGAGCACCCUGUACUAUGGGCACCUCCCCUGACUGACCCCACCAAUAAUAAUAAUCAUAAUAAUAGAGCUCCCUGUACUAUGGACACCUCCCCUGACUGACCUCACCAAUAAUAAUAAUAAUCAUAAUAAUAGAGCACCCUGUACUAUGGGCACCUCCCCUGACUGACCCCACCAAUAAUAAUAAUAAUCAUAAUAAUAGAGCUCCCUGUACUAUGGGCACCUCCCCUGACUGACCUCACCAAUAAUAAUAAUAAUAAUAAUAAUAGAGCUCCCUGUACUAUGGACACCUCCCCUGACUGACCCCACCAAUAAUAAUAAUAAUCAUAAUAAUAGAGCUCCCUGUACUAUGGACACCUCCCCUGACUGACCUCACCAAUAAUAAUAAUAAUAAUCAUAAUAAUAGAGCACCCUGUACUAUGGGCACCUCCCCUGACUGACCUCACCAAUAAUAAUAAUAAUCAUAAUAAUAGAUCACCCUGUACUAUGGACACCUCCCCUGACUGACCCCACCAAUAAUAAUAAUCAUAAUAAUAGAGCUCCCUGUACUAUGGGCACCUCCCCUGACUGACCUCACCAAUAAUAAUAAUAAUCAUAAUAAUAGAUCACCCUGUACUAUGGGCACCUCCCCUGACUGACCUCACCAAUAAUAAUAAUAAUCAUAAUAAUAGAGCACCCUGUACUAUGGGCACCUCCCCUGACUGACCCCACCAAUAAUAAUAAUCAUAAUAAUAGAGCUCCCUGUACUAUGGGCACCUCCCCCGACUGUCCCCACCAAUAAUAAUAAUAAUCAUAAUAAUAGAGCUCCCUGUACUAUGGGCACCUCCCCCGACUGUCCCCACCAAUAAUAAUAAUAAUCAUAAUAAUAGAGCUCCCUGUACUAUGGGCACCUCCCCUGACUGACCUCACCAAUAAUAAUAAUAAUCAUAAUAAUAGAGCACCCUGUACUAUGGGCACCUCCCCUGACUAACCUCACCAAUAAUAAUAAUAAUCAUAAUAAUAGAGCUCCCUGUACUAUGGGCACCUCCCCUGACUGACCUCACCAAUAAUAAUAAUAAUAAUAAUAAUAGAGCUCCCUGUACUAUGGACACCUCCCCUGACUGACCCCACCAAUAAUAAUAAUAAUCAUAAUAAUAGAGCUCCCUGUACUAUGGACACCUCCCCUGACUGACCCCACCAAUAAUAAUAAUAAUCAUAAUAAUAGAGCAUCCUGUACUAUGGGCACCUCCCCCGACUGACCUCACCAAUAAUAAUAAUCAUAAUAAUAGAGAUCCCUGUACUAUGGGCACCUCCCCUGACUGACCCCACCAAUAAUAAUAAUCAUAAUAAUAGAGCUCCCUGUACUAUGGGCACCUCCCCUGACUGACCCCACCAAUAAUAAUAAUAAUCAUAAUAAUAGAGCUCCCUGUACUAUGGGCACCUCCCCUGACUGACCCCACCAAUAAUAAUAAUAAUCAUAAUAAUAGAGCUCCCUGUACUAUGGGCACCUCCCCUGACUGACCCCACCAAUAAUAAUAAUCAUAAUAAUAGAGCUCCCUGUACUAUGGGCACCUCCCCCGACUGUCCCCACCAAUAAUAAUAAUAAUCAUAAUAAUAGAGCACCCUGUACUAUGGGCACCUCCCCUGACUGACCUCACCAAUAAUAAUAAUAAUCAUAAUAAUAGAGCACCCUGUACUAUGGACACCUCCCCCGACUGACCCCACCAAUAAUAAUAAUCAUAAUAAUAGAUCACCCUGUACUAUGGGCACCUCCCCUGACUGACCCCACCAAUAAUAAUAAUAAUAAUAAUAAUAGAGCUCCCUGUACUAUGGGCACCUCCCCUGACUGACCCCACCAAUAAUAAUAAUCAUAAUAAUAGAUCACCCUGUACUAUGGGCACCUCCCCCGACUGACCCCACCAAUAAUAAUAAUCAUAAUAAAUAACAGAGCACCCUGACUGACCCCACCAAUAAUAAUAAUAAUAAUAAUAAUAAAUAACAGAGCACCCUGACUGACCCCACAAAUAAAUAAUAAUCAUAAUAAUAAUAGAGCACCCUGUACUAUGGACACCUCCCCUGACUGACCCCACCAAUAAUAAUAAUCAUAAUAAUAGAGCUCCCUGUACUAUGGGCACCUCCCCUGACUGACCCCACCAAUAAUAAUAAUCAUAAUAAUUAAUAAUAAUAAUAAAUAAUCAUAAAUAAUAACAGAGCACCCUGACUGACCCCACCAAUAAUAAUAAUCAUAAUAAUAGAGCACCCUGUACUAUGGGCACCUCCCCUGACUGACCUCACCAAUAAUAAUAAUAAUCAUAAUAAUAGAUCACCCUGUACUAUGGACACCUCCCCUGACUGACCCCACCAAUAAUAAUAAUCAUAAUAAUAGAGCUCCCUGUACUAUGGGCACCUCCCCUGACUGACCUCACCAAUAAUAAUAAUAAUCAUAAUAAUAGAUCACCCUGUACUAUGGGCACCUCCCCUGACUGACCUCACCAAUAAUAAUAAUAAUCAUAAUAAUAGAGCACCCUGUACUAUGGGCACCUCCCCUGACUGACCCCACCAAUAAUAAUAAUCAUAAUAAUAGAGCUCCCUGUACUAUGGACACCUCCCCCAACUGACCCCACCAAUAAUAAUAAUAAUCAUAAUAAUAGAGCACCCUGUACUAUGGACACCACCCCUGACUGACCCCACCAAUAAUAAUAAUCAUAAUAAUAGAGCACCCUGUACUAUGGGCACCUCCCCUGACUGACCCCACCAAUAAUAAUAAUAAUCAUAAUAAUAGAGCUCCCUGUACUAUGGGCACCUCCCCUGACUGACCUCACCAAUAAUAAUAAUAAUAAUAAUAAUAGAGCUCCCUGUACUAUGGACACCUCCCCUGACUGACCCCACCAAUAAUAAUAAUAAUCAUAAUAAUAGAGCUCCCUGUACUAUGGGCACCUCCCCUGACUGACCCCACCAAUAAUAAUAAUCAUAAUAAUAGAGCUCCCUGUACUAUGGGCACCUCCCCCGACUGUCCCCACCAAUAAUAAUAAUAAUCAUAAUAAUAGAGCUCCCUGUACUAUGGGCACCUCCCCUGACUGACCCCACCAAUAAUAAUAAUAAUCAUAAUAAUCAUAAUAAUAGAGCACCCUGUACUAUGGGCACCUCCCCUGACUGACCUCACCAAUAAUAAUAAUCAUAAUAAUAGAGCUCCCUGUACUAUGGGCACCUCCCCUGACUGACCCCACCAAUAAUAAUAAUCAUAAUAAUAGAGCUCCCUGUACUAUGGACACCUCCCCUGACUGACCUCACCAAUAAUAAUAAUAAUCAUAAUAAUAGAGCACCCUGUACUAUGGGCACCUCCCCUGACUGACCCCACCAAUAAUAAUAAUCAUAAUAAUAGAGCUCCCUGUACUAUGGACACCUCCCCUGACUGACCUCACCAAUAAUAAUAAUCAUAAUAAUAGAGCUCCCUGUACUAUGGGCACCUCCCCUGACUGACCCCACCAAUAAUAAUAAUCAUAAUAAUAGAGCUCCCUGUACUAUGGGCACCUCCCCCGACUGUCCCCACCAAUAAUAAUAAUAAUCAUAAUAAUAGAGCACCCUGUACUAUGGGCACCUCCCCUGACUGACCCCACCAAUAAUAAUAAUAAUAAUCAUAAUAAUAGAGCUCCCUGUACUAUGGACACCUCCCCUGACUGACCUCACCAAUAAUAAUAAUAAUCAUAAUAAUAGAGCUCCCUGUACUAUGGGCACCUCCCCCGACUGUCCCCACCAAUAAUAAUAAUAAUCAUAAUAAUAGAGCACCCUGUACUAUGGGCACCUCCCCUGACUGACCUCACCAAUAAUAAUAAUAAUCAUAAUAAUAGAGCACCCUGUACUAUGGACACCUCCCCCGACUGACCCCACCAAUAAUAAUAAUCAUAAUAAUAGAUCACCCUGUACUAUGGGCACCUCCCCUGACUGACCCCACCAAUAAUAAUAAUAAUAAUAAUAAUAGAGCUCCCUGUACUAUGGGCACCUCCCCUGACUGACCCCACCAAUAAUAAUAAUCAUAAUAAUAGAUCACCCUGUACUAUGGGCACCUCCCCCGACUGACCCCACCAAUAAUAAUAAUCAUAAUAAAUAACAGAGCACCCUGACUGACCCCACCAAUAAUAAUAAUAAUAAUAAUAAUAAAUAACAGAGCACCCUGACUGACCCCACAAAUAAUAAUAAUAAUCAUAAUAAUAAUAGAGCACCCUGUACUAUGGACACCUCCCCUGACUGACCCCACCAAUAAUAAUAAUCAUAAUAAUAGAGCUCCCUGUACUAUGGGCACCUCCCCUGACUGACCCCACCAAUAAUAAUAAUCAUAAUAAUUAAUAAUAAUAAUAAAUAAUCAUAAAUAAUAACAGAGCACCCUGACUGACCCCACCAAUAAUAAUAAUCAUAAUAAUAGAGCACCCUGUACUAUGGGCACCUCCCCUGACUGACCUCACCAAUAAUAAUAAUAAUCAUAAUAAUAGAGCACCCUGUACUAUGGGCACCUCCCCCGACUGACCCCACCAAUAAUAAUAAUCAUAAUAAAAGAACACCCUGUACUAUGGGCACCAUAAUAGUGUGUAAUAUUGUGUGUGUGUGUGUGUGUGUGUGUGUAUAAUAAUAAUAAUGUGUAAUAUUGUAUGUGAAUAAUAACGUGUAAUAUUGUGUGUGUGUGUGUGUGUGAUAUUUAUUGUGUGAAUAAUGUGUAAUAUUGUGUGUGUGUGUGAAUAAUAAUAGUGUGUGAUAUUUAUUGUGUGUGAAUAAUAAUAAUGUGUAAUAUUGUGUGUGUGUACAUAAAAAGUGUGGAGUAUUGUGUGUGAAUAAUGUUUAAUAUUGUGUGUGUGUGUGUGUAAUAUUGUGUGUGAGUGUGUUUAAUAAUAAUGUUUAAUAUUGUGUGUGUGUGUGUGUGUGUGUGUAAUAUUGUGUGUGAAUAAUAAAGUGUAAUAUUGUGUGUGUGUGUUUUUAUAAGUGUGUAAUAUUGUGUGUGAAUAAUAAUGUGUAAUAUUUAUUGUGUGUGUGUGAAUAAGUAUGUAAUAUUUAUUACAAUAUUCAUUGUGUAUUGUGUGUGUGUGUGAAUUAUUGAGUGUGUGUGUGAAUAAUAAUAAUAGUGUGUGAUAUUUAUUUUGUGUGUGUGUGAAUAAUAAUGUGUACUAUUGUGUGUGUGAAUAAUGUGUAAUAUUGUGUGUGUGUGUGUGUGUGAAUAAUAAUAGUGUGUAAUAUUGUGUAUGAAAUAAUAAUAACGUGUAAUAUUUAUUGUGUGUGUGAAUAAGUAUGUAAUAUUUAUUGUGUAUUGUGUGUGUGUGAAUAAUAGUGUGUAAUAUUUAUUGUGUGUGUGAAUAAUAAUAGUGUGUAAUAUUUAUUGUGUGUGUGUGAAUAAUAAGUGGGUAAUAUUUGUGUGUGUGUGAGUAAUAAUAGUGUGUAAUUAUUGUGUGUGAGUAAUACUAGUGUGUAAUAUUGUGUGUGUUUGAAUAAUAGUGUGUAGUAUGUACUGUGUGUGAGAGUAAUACUGGUGUGUAAUAUUGUGUGUGUGUGCAUAAUAGUGUGUAGUAUUGUGUGUGUAUAAUAAUGUGUAAUAUUUGUGUGUGUGUGUGUGUGUGUAUAAUGUAUAAUAUUUUUUGUUUGUGAGUGAAUAAUGUGUAAUAUUUAUUGUGUGUGAGUGAAUAAUAAUGUGUGACAUUUAUUGUGUGUGUAAUAUUUAUUGUGUUCAAAUAUUAAUAGUUUAUAAUUUAUUAUGUGUGUGUGUGUGUGUAUAUGUGUGUGUGUGUGUAUAUACACACACACACACACACACAUAUACAUAUAUAUACACACACACACAUAUAUAUAUAUAUAUAUAUAUAUAUAUAUAUAUAUAUAUAUAUAUAUAUAUAUAUAUAAAAAAUUGUUCCAAUUUAACUAGUCCCACCCUGCACCUUUUAUAAAGUAUUGUUUAUUGACAAUGUUCAGUGUGCUGUAUAUUCUACACAUGUAUGUGUUGCUAUAUGAGCUCCCAACUCUAAUUGCAGACAGUUAUUGAAUAGAGACGUCUCUGCCUGACCACAAAGCAGUCAUCUAUCUUGUGGAUGCUACACUAACUGUGAUACAGUUAUAUCACGUAUUUGUUUACCAACAUACACAGGGCAGUGUGAAGCAGUGCAUGAUAGUGUCACUGCCUAGCACUAGCUCAUCUUAUUCAUGUUGCUCGUAGUAGAACCAGUGAUAUUAACAAUUAAUAAUGAACUAGCUAUUUAUAUUUUAGUUAUAAUGCAUCUCUACACAUGGAUUCUACCCAGCACCUUUUAUAAAGUAUUGUUUAUUGACAACCCUGUUCAGUGUGCUGUAUAUUCUACACAUGUAUGUGUUGCUAUAUGAGCUCCCAACUCUAAUUGCAGACAGUUAUUGAAUAGAGACGUCUCUGCCUGACCACAAAGCAGUCAUCUAUCUUGUGGAUGCUACACUAACUGUGAUACAGUUAUAUCACGUAUUUGUUUACCAACAUACACAGGGCAGUGUGAAGCAGUGCAUGAUAGUGUCACUGCCUAGCACUAGCUCAUCUUAUUCAUGUUGCUCGUAGUAGAACCAGUGAUAUUAACAAUUAAUAAUGAACUAGCUAUUUAUAUUUUAGUUAUAAUGCAUCUCUACACAUGGAUUCUACCCAGCCUUGCAAGACAGGGAGGUCACCAGCUAUGCAGGCCCACAACUAUGGGGAUUGUGGCCAACCAUUUGGCCCCUGAGCUAUGGGGAUUGAGGCAUGUGACCUUCGAGCCCCAGGAGAUUGUAGCCAGUGAUGUGAUCCCUAAGCCAUAAAUUUUGUCCCUGGAUGUGCAGCCACGGAGCCACAUGGUUGGUAGGCACCUGUGUGGGCAGUGUGGCCCCUGAGCUACUGAGAUCGUAGCUAGCCUGUGCUCUAUUACCUGCAGGGAUUGUUGCCACCUGUGAGGGCCCUGUCCAUGGUAAUUUUUGCCAGUUGUGCAGCCACUGAGCCACAGGGAUUGUGGUCAGCAAUGUCACCCAUGAGUCAAUUAAAUUGUAGACAGUCUGUGGUAAAGUACCUAUAGGAUUAUUGUCAGCUGUGGAUCCCCUGCGCUACUUGUAUUGACUCCAGCCAUGGCCCAUGAGGCCAAUAAGUCACAGGGAUUAUUGUCAGCUGUUUAGCCUCUGAACUACUGUGAUGGUUACCAGUCGGGUAGCCAAUACGUUUCUAUAUCUGUAAUUAACAGAGGCCAUAUGCAGUUAUAAUAAGAAGGGACAAUUCAAAUUUGACAAAUUAUAAACCAGUUGACAUGUUAUUUCAUAUCAUUGCACGUGCACCAUACAUAAUUGUUCUCUCUAAGCUUAUGUCUGUUUAUUUGUAACUGUAUCUUCAUAUCAGAUGGGAGGGUAUAUUAAGGCAUAUUUAUAUAUUACAAGUGGUGGGAUGGGAAAAAAGAGUUCCGGUUACUUCGAAUAAAGAGAAUAACCUCUUUCUUAGCUCUAAUUAAUGCAGUGUAUUAAAAUGGCCUGUGUCUGUAACUGAUGUAUUCUCUCUACCUCUUGCAUUAAAGGAACACUAUAGUCACCUAAAUUACUUUAGCUAAAUUAAGCAGUUUUAGUGUAUAGAUCAUUCCCCUGCAAUUUCACUGCUCAAUUCACUGUCAUUUAGGAGUUAAAUCACUUUGUUUCUGUUUAUGCAGCCCUAGCCACACCUCCCCUGGCUAUGAUUGACACAACCUGCAUGAAAAAAAAAACUGGUUUCACUUUCAAACAGAUGUGAUUUACCUUAAAUAAUUGUAUCUUAAUCUCUAAAUUGAACUUUAAUCACAUACAGGAGGCUCUUGCAGGGUCUAGCAAGCUAUUAACAUAGCAGGGGAUAAGAAAAUCUUAAUUAAACAGAACUUGCAAUAAAGAAAGCCUAAAUAGGGCUCUCUUUACAGGAAGUGUUUAUGGAAGGCUGUGCAAGUCACAUGCAGGGAGGUGUGACUAGGGUUCAUAAACAAAGGGAUUUAGCCCCUAAAUGGCAGAGGAUUGAGCAGCGAGGCUGCAGGGGCAUGUUCUAUACACCAAAACUGCUUCAUUAAACUAAAGUUGUUCAGGUGACUAUAGUGUCCCUUUAAUACCAUUCAUGGUGGAUUAUGGGAAUUGUAGUCCAGUUUCAGUCAGUCCCUAGAACAGUUUUCAUUGAGUUAAAUAACUUUUUGUUUCUGUGUCUAUAGCCCUACCACACACCCUGCAUGGGGGGGGACAAAAAGAUUUAAUUUUCAAUCAGAUGUUCUUGCUUUAGAAGUGUUUGUCUCCUGCUCUGUAACUUGACCUUUAAUCACACACACACGAGAGGGUGCUGCAAGGUCUUGCAAGCUAUUAACACAGCAGGGGGAUAAAUUCUCAAUUAAACAGACUGUGCAGUAAAGGAAGUGUUUGGGGAGGCUGUGCCCAUGCAGGGAGGUGUGACUAGGGCUACAUUAAAAAAAGCUAUUUUUAACUCAUAAAUGGCAGAGAAUUUAGUAGUGAGCCUGCAGGGUUAUGAUUGUACACCAAAACUGCUUCAUUGAGCUAAACUUGCUUUGGUGACGAAAGAGUCCUGUUAAAGGGACACUUCACUGCCCAAAUACAAAAUAAAUAAGAGUCACUGCUUAGUAGACAUACCUACAAUGAAUCCAUGCUUGCAUUAAAUUAUGAAUCUUUUCAUUGGGGCAAAUCAGGGCUGCAUAAAUUAGCUGAGAUCAUCCAUUGAGCGCACUUGGCAAAUGAGAGUGCCUCUGCUUUGUGCUCUGUAGAGCAAUCAGGCCUCAACUGUAGAAGCCUGGGUGUUAGGGAUGAAACUUGGGCACACAGCAGGACAAUGAGCUUUUGAGGAAAAUCCAGAGUACAUUGACUUGGCCCUUAUGCCAUUACUGCUUCAGCAAGCUCAAGUGGUUUCUGUGUUUAGACUCUUUAUGUGGACUGCACUGGCAAUAUCUCUGCAUUUUUUCUUUUAUCCAUUGUAGCUGUCAAGUAAGAUUAUACCCCUUUCUGAUCCAAAUUGUAAAUGUUUUUUUUUGUUUUUUUUAAAAAAUAGUUUAUGCUCCCCUUUUGCUGCUCUAUACAUCUACCCUUACCUAACUUUUGCUCAUUUCUCGUUUUCCAGCAUAUGGUUAUGAACUUUAGAGUAUCGGAACUACAAGUUCUACUGAGUUUUGCUGGCCGGAACAAGACUGGAAGAAAGCAGGAGAUUCUCGCUAAAGCUCUUCAACUUGUCAGAUACGGCUGUAAUCCAACAGUGCAAAUGAAGAUCAAAGAACUGUACCGGAGACGGUACCCUCGCAAGAUCCUAAACACAGCUGGCUUACCCAUGUUACACAUACAAACAGGUGCCCUGACAUCUACCAGCUCAUUGACACAAAGCUCAGUGUGCCACCUGGCGUAUGAUGCCAGUUCCAAUUCAAACACCGUUACCUCCUCCAUGUUGCCUCCAGUUCCCAUGAUGGGUCCUAAGCACGAAACAGAUAUCCAGCAUCUCUCACCAGCUAUUCACCCGCUGCAUCCUGAUGUUAAGAUGAAACGUCUUCCAUUUUAUGAGGUCUAUGAUGAGCUCAUUAAACCCACCACAUUGGGUGAGUGUUCCACCGCAACGAGCUGGUCUUAUGUGCCUAUAAUAGGAUGUAUUUUUCCCUUGUAGGCCCCAUGAUGCUUAAAAGGACAUUCUGUGCACCAUAACAACUUCAUUAGAAUGUAGUUAUUAUUGUUCAAGGUCGACUCUGGGUACCGGUGUUCUAUCAUUCUGCUAUACUCAGUCAGAUUUCUAUACCCCCGUCACUUCCGGGGAGGGGAAUCAGCUGGAUCCUGUGCUGCACAUGCGUGCUAGCACUCCUGCUACUCCUCCACAGCAAGGUGCUGGAAGGUAAGUAAAACUAGUUUUACACUUUCAUUAUAGUUAGUGCAUUCACUAAGCUUAGGACAUGGGACAUUUAGGGUUAAUGUUAGGGUUCAAAUUAGGGUUAGGAUUGGGGACUUUAGGGGAAUAUCACUAAAUAGUGAUUUAUCACACUUUAUUUUAACUCUUACCCCAAGCUUAGUGAAUCCACUAACUAUAAUGAAAGUGUAAAACUAGUUUUACUUACCUUCCAGCACCUUGCUGUGGAGGAGUAGCAGGAGUGCUAGCACGCAUGUGCAGCACAGGAUCCAGCUGAUUCCCCUCCCCGGAAGUGACGGGGGUAUAGAAAUCUGACGGAGUAUAGCAGAAUGAUAGAACACCGGCUUACCUCAAGAGGUUAAACUGAUAGCUGUUUUAUGGCAGAGUUUUGAAUCUGGCUCCUGUCAGCUCUUUCCACCAAUAUCUGUUGCAGUUCCAAGCUUGGAUAAGGAAUCAUUGGACUUGGAGGUGUUGAUAGGCUGAGAGCAUGUGACUUACACAGCCUUCCUAAAUACUUCCUGUAAAGAGAGAUCUAAAGUUUAACCUUCCUUUAUUGUACAGUCUGUUUAAUUUAGAGUUUCUUAUCUCCUGCUCUGCUAAUAGCUUCUUGUUCAGAACCCUCCUGUGUGUGAUUUAAAGGGACACUAUAGUCACCGGAACAACUACAGCUUAAUGUAAUUGUUCUGGUGUCUAUAACCUGUCCCUGCAGCCUUUUUAAUGCAAACACUGCUUUUUCAAAGAAUAGGCAGUGUUUACAUUGCUGUCUAGUAACGCAUUUAGUGGCAGUCACUCAGACGGCUACUAGAAGUACUUCCUGGAUCAGUGCAACGUUCAGCGUCUCCACGUCCUGCAUAGAGGUUCCGAAGUUCCUCAUAGAGCUGUAUUGGUUCAAUGCAUCUUUAAGAAGAGAUACUGAUUGCCGUACAUGCACAUUAGCCUCCCAAUGCUUUCUUUUGAAAAAACAUUGGAUUGCCAAGGAGGCAGAGUGGUGGCGGAGCCAGCCACGAGGAGACUUGCAGGAUGUUGGAAAAAAGAUAACUCCCCUUUUUAACAGGGGCAAGGGGGGACGGCCACCUAAACUGAGCAUUUGGACAUAUAGUGUCAGGAAUACACAUUUGUGUUCCUGACACUAUAGUGUUGCUUUAAAGUUCAAUUUACAGAGCACUGGAUAAAAACAUAUGUUAAUGUCAGAUUGAAAAUGAAACCAUUUUUUGUGCAGGCUGUGAGUCACAGCCAGGGGAGUUGUGGCUAAUUCUACAUGGACAGAAACAAAAGUAAUUUAACUUCUAAAUGGCAGAGAAUUGAGCAGUGAAACUGCAGGAGUUAGUUCUGUACAUUAAAACUGCUUCAUUAAGAUAUAACUAUAGUAAAUAUGAUUACAAGUAGAUGACACCUUCUAAUAUGUGUUGCUGUCCCUUUAAUGUGUCUUUCUAUUAUCCAUGGUUAGUUUAAUACUGUUAAGAUAUGAUUACUUGUAGAGCUGGUAAAAUAGAGCAUUUUAUUCCUUCAAUCGUCUUGGUUUAAUGUAUAGAAAAAAGUGUAUUUUACGUGAGCAUCCUAUAGACUCCAAACAGAUUUGUUAGCGGUUCAGCAAAAUAAUGUAAGGUUUUACCAUGGCUGAGAUGGCAGGUUUAACCAACAUGUGACACAUCAGCCUUAUCCAAGUUUAGCCAAGUUUUAGUGUCUCCAGUAGGACCUCAUGACGUUUCUGUGUUUGUCUUCCAGCCUCCACGAACAGUCAGCGGUUUGAAGAGGCACACUUUAAUUUUGCAUUAACUCCACAGCAGGUUCAUCAGAUCCUCACUUCAAGGUAGGUUCAGUAAUAUCAGCAUAUAAUAUAGUAUUUAUAUGCACUACAUGUCCAUAGCCUCCCAAUAAUGAAACCAAAUUGAAAACAAUUUUUCUAAUUUGGCAAUUUUGAUGUAACAUUUGAAAUUCAUUUUUAAUUCUCCACAAUUUAUCAAAUUGUGGUUAAGUGAAAUCUGAUUUGUAAAAUGUAGGCAUUAUUUCUGCAAUAUAGUCAGGAACCUAGCUGUUCUCGUUAACCACAAUUUGAUUGUUUAGUAAAUGGACGACCUCUUUAGUGUUUAACUCUGGCAGUAUUUUGCAACUGAUCGAGAUACUUUGUUAAUGCAAAACUUUUAAUUGCUCAGAUAGGCCAGGUAUGUUUUCGAAUUGCAAGAUUUAAGGAAAAUCUCUCAAAUUUGACCUGAAAUUGCAAUUUGGGUAUUCACUUAAAGCUAUUUAAAAAGGUCCAUUUAGAUACAAUGUGCAGUCAUGGUUUGAAGCAGUUCAAAAGUCUGAAAAAUAUCCCGUUGUAUACUUUAUAUUGAUGGUUUGUAGAAAACCUCAAAUUGCCACUUUUAUGUACAGUUAGAGAACCUACAUUUUUGAGAGACGCAAUAUAUCAGAGGUGAUCUUUCGUUGAUUGGAUGAUGGUCUUUUUUAGUCAAUUUCCUGGUAAAUUGUGAGUCAGUUUUCUUUUGAUUGCUGCUUGAACCAUUUACAAAGUACAGACGUUGAUAUUUUUAUUUUAUUUUUGCAGAGAUAUUCUACCCGGAGCCAAGUGUGAUUAUACAGUACAAGUACAACUGAGGUAAAAUAAACUUUUUAAAUAUAUAUAUUUUUUUCUCAAUUCUUUAAUUUUGUAGUGCAGAAAGAUAGACACAUAGGCAUUGCAAUGUAUAGGCAAGCAUAACGUAUGACAGAGGGAAACCGUUGUGAGGCAUUUGAGACUAUAUUUGUAGAAAAGUUGCAUAUUCAGGCUGUGCUUUCAUAUCUCGACAUUGGUCAGAAGCUAAUCAGCUAUGCCUCGGUAACUAGCUAAACAUGAGGAAUAAUAAGAUAAGAAACAUUGUGGUAAAACACGCUUAACUUAUGAUUAUUGCAGUGCAUGUUUGGGAUGUCUAAUGGUGAGCAGUCACGUACUCGGUGUUGCCCCAAAAAGUCUAUAUGGCUAUAUGGUUUUAGUGACUAUCUGUAAAAUAAUGUGUCAAGGUUGGUUUGGAGGAGUGCUGAGACAAAGAAUUAUAAGUUAGAUGCACAAUAUAGGCACCCAGACCACGGCAUCUCAUUGCAGGGUUAAGUCUGCCUCCAGUGACUGUCUAGAAGACAAGGAACUCAAGGUGCAGGAAAAACAGAUGGCAGAAGAGAAACGAAAUCCAAAUAUAUUCAUGAUUCAACACAAAGCAAACAAAGAGUCAAUAGCACAUUGUAAUAAAACAGAACCUCUAGGAAAGUGAACAAGGGAAACUCUGGAUGGGAGCUGGUCACUUGAAGUACUGAGGGGCAGGUUGGAUAACCAAGGGGAGGCGCAGGUUGGAUAACCAAGGGGAGGGGCAGGGCUGGGUAACCAAGGGGAGGGGCAGGUUGGAUAACCAAGGGGAGGGGCAGGGCUGGAUAACCAAGGGGAGGGGCAGGUUGGAUAACCAAGGGGAGGGCAGGUUGGAUAACCAAGGGGAGGGGCAGGGCUGGGUAACCAAGGGGAGGGGCAGGUUGGAUAACCAAGGGGAGGGGCAGGGCUGGAUAACCAAGGGGAGGGGCAGGGCUGGAUAACCAAGGGGAGGGGCAAGUUGGAUAACCAAGGGGAGGGGCAGGGCUGGGUAACCAAGGAGAGGGGCAUGUUGGAUAACCAAGGGGAGAGUCAGGGCUGGGUAACCAAGGGGACGCACGCUCCCUUUCCCCUUGAUAAUAACUGCUUUGACCUCCCUGGCCAGGGGCGUCCCGAGACCACAAUGUCAGGGGUGCCAGUUGGCUGGCUGAAGAGUCUGUCAGAGGGACGGGCUGGGAAAAGAGUAGGAUACUAUUUUUGGCACAAUUGGGCUAAUUUUGGUUAAUUUUCAGGUAAUGGGGCUAAAUUUUUGUGGAGGAUGUGGCAACACGGACCCAUUGGGAAGCUGUCCUCAAGACACAGGUGGAAGGCAGGUCUUGAGGUACAGGAGUCAGGCCUUGAGACACAGGGGUAGGCAGGCCUAGUUACACAGGAGGAAGUCAUGCAUCGAUACUUGGGUGGAACAGGUGGAAAGCAGGCCUCGAUACGCAGGUGGAAGGCAGGCCUCGAUACGCAGGUGGAAGGCAGGCCUCGAUACGCAGGUGGAAGGCAGGCCUCGAUACGCAGGUGGAAGGCAGGCCUCGAUACGCAGGUGGAAGGCAGGCCUCGAUACGCAGGUGGAAGGCAGGCCUCGAUACGCAGGUGGAAGGCAAGCUUUGAUACACUGGGUAGGCAGGCCUCGUUACACAGGAGGAAGUCAUGCAUCGAUACUUAGGUGGAAGGCAGGCCUUGAUACACAGGUGAGAGGCAGGCCUCGAUACACAAGGGGAAGACAUGGUAGAUUCCUAAUCGAACAUAAAUGUCUAUGCCUUAUUAUACUAUUUUUGCAGUUACAUACAUUUCACAGGAUUGCCACGCAUACACUUUGGGCACCAAGCAUCUGCCAAGCAUCCGCCAAGCAUCCGGCUUAAAACAAUGAAAUGUACCUUGCCAAGAUUCAUCUGUUAUUUGAUGAACCAAACACGUGCAAUUCUAUAAAAUGGAAGCAAGUAAAACAAUUUGGUUUCUAUUAAUCUACAUCAACCAACUGAGUCUCUGUCUUCUCUUCCGCAUUCCCCACAGGUUCGGCCUACAGUUAGGUACCCCCUGGGACUUCUGCUGCCAGCCUUGGUAGAUGCAGGAGCUCAGGAGUAUCUAGGCAAUAAGCGAGGAUAGAGAUGUCACGUAUUCUUCAUCUCCAUGUGACAAACACAGAGAUAAUUACCUCCCUAAGAUUAAGAGGAGUGCCGCUCGGCGGUCCUCUGCCAGGAUGCCUGGCUUUUGCGACAUGUCGGUGGACGCCACCCCACGUCCGUCUACAUUAAAGGCGACGUGGACGUGCAGGUGACGUCACGCAAAAGAUGUACACGCACGUUUUGGGGUCAAAGGCUAGGUACGGCCAAUCGGAUCUGCAAGAGGGUUAUUUAAACUCACUUAUUCCUUUAGCUCAUUGCCCUGUCGUGGUUUCCCUUAGAUGGUUAUCCGAGAGUGUGUUCCUGAUCGUGUUUUUCUGGUUUUUGACUUUGGCUUUGUUUUGACUUCCCUGACUUCUGGUAUCCUUGACUAUUGGCUUUUCCUUAUCGCUGUGUCUCGUUCUGUGUCCCUGACCUCGGCUAGUAUUUUGACUAUUCUCUGGUUUGUUAAGUCCGGCCAUUCUAAGGUCCGGUUAGACGUUCUCCUUAGUCCUAGGUGUGAUACUAUUCUGCGUGCUGGAUCAACUGUAAUCCUGACAAGAGACAAACAAAGAGGCAAGGGUAAAGGCUGAUCUUAAGAAAAGAACCUGAUUAGCCAAGGAGGACCAGCUAAGGGCAGAAUCAGAUCUCUCCUGUUUGAGCAAGCUAGAGCUAGAGGAGAUACUAAAACAGACUGAGGAGAUCUGAAAGACAGGCAAUUCCUAUAGGAUUGCUAAGUGUGUAUAUAUAAUAUAAAUAGUUUUGUGAUAACUGGGUGUACUCACAUAUAAAUUCAGUAUGUUUAAAGAUAAUUUGCAUACUGGACAGCAGCACUAAGAUCAUUUUUUUAAAUGUAGAAAGUAUGUUCUUUAUAUAGUGGUAGAUAGAGGAAUAUCAUAAUAUACAAAAUAUGAUGAAAAUAGGUCAACCAUAGCUAAUGAUGUAUAGUAAGCCUACAAUCGGCUGCCCUAUAUAUAACAAGCAGAUUGGGAUUACUGGAAGUAUUCAUCUUGUUUUUUUGGAUUUUGUAUGAGAGCAUUACAUUUUGGGUAAAUCAAGAUGACCUCGCAGUUUAUACAGCUUAACUGCAAGAAACAUAAAAGCGGAUUCUUAUAUGCAUCAAGAUGGCUGCCCUCUGCCUCCAUCCUUGUUCUCCUAAAAAUUUCAUUUUAAAAUCCUUAAUAUUCUGUUGUGUGAGUAAAUAAUGGCUUCAGCAAAAGAUGGCGCAAUAAGACUUGGAUUUGAUUUUUUUGUUCCCUCAGGUUCUGCUUGUGUGAGACCAGUUGUCCUCAAGAAGACUAUUUCCCCCCCAACCUGUUUGUGAAAGUGAACGGAAAGCUCUGCCCUUUGCCUGUAAGAUUAUCAUGUGAUGUCACUGUUUAAAUCACUCCGGCACUAUGAAAUUACUAACUCCCAGCUACUCUGCAUCUCUGAUAUACAAUAUUAGUUCUCUAAUAUAUGACUUGUAUCAAGUUCUAGCAGUACCUCUCUAUAAUUUCAGGUAUAUCUGCUAUAUACUCUAUAUACUAUUACUACCGCUCUAUAGAACGGAGCACAAUAUUCUAGGUGAGAUCUUACCAGGGAUCUACAAAGUACUACCACUACCUCUCUAUAUCCUCCUGGAGAUCUGCUCUAUAGAACUGAACACAAUGCUCUAGGUGAGAUCUUACCAGGGAUCUAUAAAGUACUAUCACUACCUCUCUAUAUCCUCCUGGAGAUCUGCUCUAUAGAACUGAACACAAUACUCUAGGUGAGAUCUUACCAGGAAUCUAUAAAGUACUAUCACUACCUCUCUAUAUCCUCCUGGAGAUCUGCUCUAUAGAACUGAACACAAUACUCUAGGUGAGAUCUUACCAGGGAUCUAUAAAGUACUAUCACUACCUCUCUAUAUCCUCCUGGAGAUCUGCUCUAUAGAACUGAACACAAUACUCUAGGUGAGAUCUUACCAGGGAUCUAUAAAGUACUAUCGCUACCUCUCUAUAUCCUCCUGGAGAUCUGCUCUAUAGAACUGAACAUAAUACUCUAGGUGAGAUCUUACCAGGGAUCUAUAAAGUACUAUCACUACCUCUCUAUAUCCUCCUGGAGAUCUGCUCUAUAGAACUGAACACAAUACUCUAGGUGAGAUCUUACCAGAGAUCUAUAAAGUACUAUCGCUACCUCUCUAUAUCCUCCUGGUGAUCUGCUCUAUAGAACUGAACGCAAUACUCUAGGUGAGAUCUUACCAGGGAUCUAUAAAGUACUAUCACUACCUCUCUAUAUCCUCCUGGAGAUCUGCUCUAUAGAACUGAACACAAUACUCUAGGUGAGAUCUUACCAGGGAUCUAUAAAGUACUAUCACUACCUCUCUAUACCCUCCUGGAGAUCUGCUCUAUAGAACUGAACACAAUACUCUAGGUGAGAUCUUACCAGGGAUCUAUAAAGUACUAUCACUACCUCUCUAUAUCCUCCUGGAGAUCUGCUCUAUAGAACUGAACACAAUACUCUAGGAGAUCUUACCAGGGAUCUAUAAAGUACUAUCACUACCUCUCUAUGUCCUCCUGGAGAUCUGCUCUAUAGAACUGAACACAAUACUCUAGGUGAGAUCUUACCAGGGAUCUAUAAAGUACUAUCACUACCUCUCUAUGUCCUCCUGGAGAUCUGCUCUAUAGAACUGAACACAAUACCUUAUCGUUUCGUGCUCCGUUGUAUAGAGCAGAUCUCCAGGAGGAUAUAAAGUGUUAUUCCUAGUUCUGAGUUACAUGUUAGGUUAUUCCCUGCAAGGGCUGAGCUACUUUUAUUUAUAUAUUAAUGUUAAUUACGUCUUCUUCCUCUAGGGCUACUUACCUCCCACAAAGAAUGGAGCUGAACCAAAACGACCGAGUAGGCCCAUUAAUAUUUCUCCACUCGUCCGAUUGACCUCAACAAUACCCAACACCAUUGUGGUGAAUUGGUCCUCUGAGUUUGGCAGAGUAAGUGAUUUUCCUAUUCAUGUUCUAUCAUGCCCAGGGUGUUUGUCUUCUUUGUGGUAAGAUUAUAGGUACAGCUAACUUUGCCUUCUUGUUGUCCGAUAUAUAUGUAUGUACACUAAACAAAAUUAUAUAAGCAACCCUUUUGUUUUUGCCCCUAUUUUUCAUGAGCUGGACUCAAAGAUCUAAGACCUUUUCUAUGUACACAAAAGGCCUAUUUCUCUCAAAUAUUGUUCACAAAUCUGUCUAAAUCUGUGUUAGUGAGCACUUCUCUUUUGCACAGGUGUGUCUAAGGCUGGCCAAAAUAAAAGGCCACUCUAAAAUGUACAGUUUUACUAUAUUGGACACGGCUUAUGGUAGAGAAAUGAACAUUCAGUUCACGGACAACAGCUCUGGUGAACAUUCCUGCAGUCAGCAUGCCAAUUGCACGCUCCCUCAAAACUUGCGACAUCUGUGGCAUUGUGCUGUGUGAUAAAUCUGCACAUUUUAGAGUGGCCUUUUAUUGUGGCCAGCCUAAUGCAUACCUGUGCAAUAAUCAUGCUGUCUAAUCAGCAUCCUGAUAUGUCACACCUGUGAGGUGGAUGGAUUAUCUCGGCAAAGGAGAAGUGCUCACUAACACAGAUUUAGACAUAUUUGUGAACAAUAUUUGAGGAAAAAAAAGGCCUUUUUUGUACAUAGAAAAAGCCUUAGAUCUUUGAGAUAAGCUCGUGAAAAAUGGGGGCAAAAACAAAAGGGUUGCAUUUAUACUUUUGUUCAGUGUAUAUACCUUCAGCUGGCAGCAAACUAUGUAACUCCCAGAACCCUUUUUUAGUAGUUAUUGACUAGCAAAGAUUUGUGGGAGUUGUCAGCCAGCAUUUGGACAACAGUACCAUUAGGCCACUACCUAAAUGUUUUAAUUACAUUCUCCGUUUCACAUUUCAUGCAGAACUACUCUCUAUCCUUGUAUCUGGUGAAGCAGCUGACAUCCGUAACGUUACUGCAAAAACUCCGCGCCAAAGGAAUCAGGAAUCCGGACCAUUCUCGAGCUCUCAGUAAGCAUUCAAGGCAACCUUGCCAAGAUUGAGAUGAAGCACAACCUGCCACUGACAUUUCAGUAUUCUAUCUGCAUUUAUGUACCGUGUGGCACACUACUCCUGCUUUGUAGCUGACUUUGUUUUAUUCUUAUUACUAGUCAAAGAGAAACUGACAGCUGAUCCCGAUAGCGAAAUUGCAACCACAAGCCUGCGUGUCUCUCUGAUGUGUCCGGUGAGUUAAGUCAAAGAAAACAAUAUCACAGAUUUUUCUGUUUGCGUUUUCAAGACACACCGUUAUGUAACACUCUGAUAUACAGAUAUAGCUAAGUUUAUAAUGCCAUCUCUAUUUCUUAUACAUAAAUAUGACAUCUUGAUUUAGAUUGUGCUUAUGCCCUGCAGCAAUCCAAUCUAGAUAGAUUACAUAUAAUAUUUUUAUGUUUAUAUAUAAUGUAAUUUUUUAAAUUUAUUUUUAUAAAAACUGAAAUAUCUAUGUCAGCAAUUAAUUGACGGCAAGAUCCAUUUUUUCCAUAUACAUCACUUAUAGGCAUCUGUCCAUCUUACCAUUUAGCAAGGUCCUGUUCAGGUCUAGUUCAUUCAGAUCAGGGUCAGACUUCAAAACCUAUGGAUACACUUCAACACGUCAUUAAAGACGAGAUUGAUGUUCUGAUAUUUAUUAUUUAUGUUUCCGUAAUACAGGUCUUCGUACAUUGUUCUCUUUCAUGUGAGUUGUUAAUGUUAUGACAGCUUAGUAAUUCCUUUUCAUACCAGAGAGCAGCCAUUUUACCUUUAUGGAAUACUAUUUAUAAGAUAACACUUUUCCUAUAAAAUGGGACAUUACUCUCCAUUAUAAGAAUGGAAAUUACAGAAAAUAAACUAAAACUGCUUUAUCACACACUUUGACAGCAACAUUCACCGUCUCAACUGUAGCCUGAUAUAAAAGCAAGAUGGAUGCUCACAUUAUUUUUAUUUUGUACACUCUAUUUGUACAUAUAGGAAUGUUAAAUCUGCCUGUAGAAAGAUUAUUGAUUGUACAUUUUACAGAAGUGGCCAUGCCAACUUUAUAUUUGGCGAGUAUAAUGUGAUUUCGUGAAAACCAAUCCUUCGUGUAUGAAUGUUAGACGUUAAGAAGUGUCUCUGUAUUUAUACAGCUUGGUAAGAUGCGUUUGACGGUCCCAUGCCGAGCCAUCACCUGCACGCACCUACAGUGCUUUGACGCUGCACUCUACCUUCAAAUGAAUGAGAAAAAACCUACGUGGACAUGUCCUGUGUGCGAUAAGAAGGCUCCGUAUGAUACGCUGAUAAUUGAUGGGUGAGUGUGGCAUGCUUUCUGUGCCAGUUUGGAAUACUAGUCAAACUGAUCAAUUUCUCCAAAUCGAUUAUUCUGGCUUAAAACGUGCACAUUCCUGUGUCAAUGUCUCUGAAUUCCUGGUAUAGUGAAUUGAUUUGUCUUUCUAAUAGAACAGUGCAAAUUAAAAAGUUUGAAUCAUACUUAAAAUUAUCUUGAAAACAGACCUUGUAAUCUGUAGCCCUAUGCUACUAGCCAGUCCUUAAAAUAUACUCAUCACUUCAAGCCAUAGCAUACAGUCCAAGAGAAUUUCUAAUCUCCAGGGCUUUGCUAGCGGUGUGUUAAAAAAAAUAAAAAAAAUAAUUGAGCCUUGUUGAAAACCUGGCAAAAGAAGAAAGAAAGAGAAUACGAGGAUUUCUAAGUAUCCUAAAAGUAGUGGAAAAGUCGGUAUGCAAGUUUUUAAUACUAGUAUAUACAUGGAAAGAUACCGAAUUCAGUCUGAAUUAGACUGGGCAAAGAUAUAAAACUUAACCUUUAUUAAAGAUCUAGCUAUACAAAGACAAAAUAAUGCCACCAGUGACCAAUAACAAACUGAAUAAAGAACAUACAUACAAAAAUAAAUGUAUAAAUAACAAAAAUGCAGUGAAAAGGGAAGGCCUACUAAAUGGUAGAAAAAUAGCCUACCUAUAUUCCUCCUAAAUAAAUAUUCGUUAUAUACUUGUUUCAAUGAUGUGUAACAUCUUUCGGAAUGAUACAAAUUACUGUAAGUAUAUCACGAAUCAUGUUAUCGGAGUGACACGGCGACCCCCCCUGCUUUUUGAAAGCGCACAUUGUGUUUGUCAGAUAUUGCCAAAGUAGAUGUCAUAUUUAUGUUGGGUGCUGUUCCCCUGCUGUACCAUUUACCAUUUAGAUAAUGAUCAGGGUCAGAUGUAACGUAGGAUCCAUUAGGCUAACAUGCCGAUCCACUUCAGCACACAGCAUGGCCACCUUUUCUGGGUCCUUCUUAUAUUUUAAGUGGUUAUGUCUGUCUUCUUUUUGCAGUCUCUUCAUGGAGAUCCUUAAUUCCUGCACAGACUGUGACGAGAUCCAGUUCAUGGAAGACGGGUCUUGGUGUCCUAUGAAACCAAAAAAAGAAAAGGCAGAUAUCUGCCAAACUACAUCCUAUGGAGGCAUAGAAAGUAAGCGUUAGUGCCUACUCUGUCAAUCCUGUCUCAUUCAUAGUCUUGUAAAUGUAGAUCAUGUUCCUUGUGCACAACUGAAACUCCUCCAUGAAGGUCCCACUAGAAUUGUCCCAUGCACUGACCACCAUCUUCCCUGUGUUUCAGCGAGCGCAAUUUACAGUGUAAGCUCAGAUGUUAAACACCACACAGAACCCAAGAGAAAAGUGGAGAUUAUCGACUUGACCUUGGACAGUUCGUCAGAUGAAGAAGAGCCCCCAGCCAAAAAACCAUGUCCUGUAACGUCUGUGCUAAUACCUUCAACUGCAGGACCCAAAGGGUGAGGGGAGCAGAGCGUUUAUUACUGACAUUUUCAUUGACACACAAAGUUAUGCAGGAUAAACAGGGGACAGUGCAGUGGGUGACUGAAGGAUAUGAGGCUGGCAAUGACUUGUAGUAAAAUGGUAUUGUUGAGUGGUGGGCACACAAAUAGUCUCCCAGAAUAGCUGGCAAAGGUUAUUUAUGUAGAGGAUUCAUAAACCUAUUCAAUACAAAUAUUUGUUAAAGUAACACUAGACAUGGGAGAUAAUUGAGAGUAAAUAAUAAAUGAAAACUAAACACUCUUGGUUAUAAUCUACUUCUACAUAUGUUGGUGUCAAUCACAAGGGAUGUUUUUAUUACAGGGUAAUUAGUGUUGACCACCAGGCAUCUUCUGUCCUGAGAAGUCCUUCCAUGACAACGAUAGGCACUGAUUACUUAUCUAGCCUAACUCUUCCAGACUACCACCGAUCCUAUGCAGGACCACAAGACCUCCAAGGUAAGGGAGCUAGUUAAUUGUGCAACCCCUCAGCCAGUGUGUGUCAGAACACUGAUCCAGAUACCUGGAUGUUUUGGUUUAAACCAGGGGUAGUCAACCUUUUUCUACCUACCGCCCACGAAUGCAUCUUUCUUGAUGGAAAAAUUUCCUUUCUCUGCUCCUUUCUCCUAUUUUCCAAGUACUCCACUCCCUGCUAUUGUGUAUCCCCCUACCUACUCCAACUCCUUCCCUUCCUCUACCCGUGUGUUACACUUGUUCAGGCACAUGCUCGUGCUUUUAUGCACUCGCAUUGCAACCUCACACUUCCUGCUUACCACUGAGUGCGCAAGAGAUGAAUAUAGUGUUCAUCUCUCUGGAUGGAGGGAGGAUUCUGCUACUGCCCACCUGGAAUCCUUAAACACCCACUGGUGGGUGGUAGGGACCAGGUUGACGACCCAUGGUUAAACUGAUAACUGCCACUCUCCAAGGCUAUUGCUCACUACCAUUCAUUUAGAACGCUAGCCUUCUUUAAAAUAUCUGACACAUUUCUGAACCAUAGAACCUGCACAUAUAAACCUCUGGAAAACCAGGUUCUCCGAUAACAGAAAGUAGUUUGUGUAGAUUUGCAUUUUAUAUGUUCAUGGUGUUUUAAGAGAUUUUAAAAAAAAAGUGAUUAUUCUCAAAAGAUUUUUUUUCUUCUGUCUUGUGCACUCCUUUAAAGGGUCAAUCCAGACCCCUAAACAAAUUUAGCUUGCUGAAAAGCUUAGUUUUUUUCUCAUUUUGCAAAAAGUGUAGAUUUUAAUAGAAAUUGACACUUUUAUGAAUUACCUGGUUACAGCCCGAUGGGUUUUUUUUUUUUUUAAAGCAGACAGCAGGUAAUGUUUAUUUCUGGUUUUGUUUGCAGCUGACCUCAAGAGAGCACUAGACUUGCAAAGACUUCUUAUUAAGCUGUUUUGGGAAGACUGUGAUUGGACAGCCACAGAAUGUCUGGGUGGGGCUAGAAGGGGAGGGCUUGCAAAGGCAGCAGACAAGAGAACUGCAUGUUUUGCAAACAGAUUUUAGAUAUAUCCCCAAUGAAGUUUUUAGUUGGGGUAUAUCUACUAAAUAUUGAUUUGUAUUUAUUUUUAAUUUGGGCCGUGGAGUGUCCCUUUAAUGCCUUGUAAGCCACAAAAUUGUGGGAAUUUCAGUCUGACAUUUAGGGAGAUCCAGUACGACACUGUAAUGGUGGAUGGUAAAUUCACUAUGUGGAAGGCCAUGCACUAGUGGGCUUUAUUCGUACAAAAUGCCUGCAGGCAGGCGUACUAGCAAACCAUCAUUGCUAAUACUUCGGAACCCACAUCCUGUAAAGAUGCAGAUCCAGGCUCAGUGUUAAGAAAUCAAUGAGAGUUUUUCUAUGCCCCUAUGUUUUAUUUGGUCAUUUUACAUUUCUGCUCUAAAAUAAAUAUCUGUCCGUCUAAUGACGUGUUAAGAGAUUUAAGCCUUUGGUAAUUUUGUGCAGGACAAAAAUAAAGCAUUUAAAAAAAGAGAUUUAAUCCUAACCUGCCUCUUCUCUUCCUCCCUAGCACUGGAUUUGUAUUCCUACUUGCAGUCUGAUAAUCAGGUGAGUGUCUUCACAUCAAACCGCAGUAAAGUAACCCUUCAGACUGGAAUGUGUGUUUGGCUUUGCUGUCUGCUUGCUAUAAGUUGCAGGAGGUACAUGUGUAGUGCUGACCAGCAAAUCCUUGUCAUGAUUCAUUAAUAAUUGAUUUCCUCUGGCAGCUUUGAAUUCUGCAUACUUUCAGGUGACUCUUGAAACAUCUGGAGCUUCUAGCUUUCUUGGGGAAAACAUCCCCGAGCAAUGUUUUUUUCUGUGUGCACGUCCUUCCUAAGUUUCCAGCUUAGAAUAUGUGUUGAUUGCUUUGUAGGUACCUUGAGAUAUAUAUAUAUAAUAUGGUAUCUGGAAAUGUGUGUUUGUGUAGAAUGUUUUUUGAUUAAGCAAGAACAUAUGACCUACUGAACCCAUGAGUUGCUUUGUUUUGGAGUUUUUGAAAUAGUAGCUUGUGAAAUUUUAAUCACAUUUAAGGGUGAGGAUUUUAUCUGUCUCAAACCAUCUCUUAGCUCUGCCAGUCAGAGUCAUGCAGAUCACAUAAUCCGAAAGCUUGGGCUGAAUGCCCCUUUGUUCUCCAAAUCUAUUUUUUCUGAUUAACUUAGAAGAGAGGGGCAUGUCUCCAUUGUUCAAUGCACGACUACAACUGCGGUGACACGUUAAACAAGGAGAUCAGCACUCCACGCAAAAUGAGUUACAAUGUCGUCUUACAUAGCUUUCAACAUUUUACAUAUUAUUGUUACAAGUAAAAUAAAAGACAUGGGAUGGGUAAGUUUUUCCCGUGAUCAUGUUUACUUUCCAGUGCCAUGUAUGCCUCCUGCAUCUUUAUGGUGUCCACCUACAUGCUGGGUAUACUCCAGUGUGUUUAUAUUGCCGUAUUGAUCCAUCACUGAUCAGAGGGCAUCCUAAUAUAAUGUACACAGAGUUUACAGUGCUUCCAUCCUGUGUUUUCUAGCUAUGUAGGACACAUUCGUCAUUUGUUGUGAAUUUUUUUUUUUUUUUUUUACUUGACGUGUGCUGAAGUGAUACUUUGCUGUGGUUUACAUGAUCUAUUUAUUCCCAUUAUUUAUUAUCUGUGUGUGCGCUGUGGCUAUUGUUAGCUGCUAAAGCAUUAUGGGAAUUGUAGUACUCGAGCAGCUCGCAGUUUGCCAUCUCGACUUUAGAAAUUACUUUCUCUUCGGAAUGUGUGAAGCUGCUUGUUCUAUGCAUAAAAUUAACGGCCAACUGUUUAAAGAACUCUGUUAAGAAAUCCUUGUGAUCAUUUCUCCAGAAAGAUGACUCAGCUCUGUUUGCUCACAGAUCUUUUAAUGCCCACUUCAUUCUGCUUAUAUUUUGUGUCUUUCCCUCUCAGCAUUACAGUCCCUCUGUCAUCACAUCGUUGGAUGAACAAGAUGCGCUAAGCCAUUUCUUUCAGUACAGAACCCCCACCCACUACAUGAGCCCCCUGACACAGGCCAUCACAAGCUCUCAUGGGCCUCCCAGCAGUGCUAGCCGAAUAAGCAGCAUUGUAUCCACCAGCACUCUGAGGGAGAAUCACAGCGGGCCCCAAAGUGCCACCUCCACACUACCAGGGUGCCGGUCUGACAUCAUAUCUUUGGACUGA